CAUACUAAGAGCUCUCUCUGUUACCUGUAUUGCAAAAUCAAUAAGCCCAUUGAUGUUCAGAGCAGGUUCCAUGAGAUCAAAAAUAAGUUGGACGUGGUGAGCCAAAGGAAGGUGGUAAGAAGUUCCUGAUGCAAAGCUCGCAAUUUGUUCCAGAAUGUUACCAGAUAUCUGCAGACAAAAUCCAAUGGAUUCUUAGAAACAAUUAUUUCUCAAUCACCGGUUACUUUACAGGAAUUUACAUUGUUUCCAUGGUAAGUUUGUUUAUUUUAGAACAGGUAGAAUGCAGUUGUAGCUAAUUUAGAACAAAACUCUCUCUGUCCAUUAUAUAUCUGGGUUGAUGGAUGGUGUGGUAUAGGUGUAAUAACUCAGUGCUUGAUUAAUGUCUACUUACCUUCAACAUCUCUGGUUCCUGCUGAAACUAUAGGUCAGCCUUCCGAGAUUUAUAUCCAUUCAAUAAUAUUAUAAUUAGUAGCCAUUACAUGAUUCAAGAAACUGGUAAAAACUAAUUGUACAUUUCAGGUUAUACAAUUCAAAAUGAUAUAUUUGUUACUGUCUAUAUUUGUGUGUCUAUGAAUGUACCAGCAAUGGAAGGUUAUCUUUUCACUCAAUAUUUUGUGUAUGGAACAGCAUUUUGGUAAUUUUUUCCCCCAUUUUCUGUUUCUAUAUGGACACUCCUAAAGGAUAGUUUGUAGUCUAUGGUGUUUAAAGUAUUCUAUGUAGAUGCUUAGGGAAAAAUAUAGUGUUUUAAUUACUGGGAACAUAAGGUUGCCUUGACUUUUGAUAUGCCCGUACUGCUACAACAUGGGAUUUGUCAAACCUUUGGCCAUCUCAUAGAUAAACAUUACGAUUAAAACAUUUUUAAAAAGUAGUUGUUUAGGUGAAAAUUGCUACUUUUAAGAUUUUUAAUAUUGUACUCCCUUCCCCCAAACAGGAACUCAUAGCCAGGAGCCACCUCUCUGUCCAUGCAGUUGGAUACCAUUACUUUUAUAUAUGGUAUAGAUUUUUAUACGAUUUAUAGAAGGACACUGAUGCAGAAGAGAGAUACAGAAACAACCUGGCAGAUCUUGGGCUAAUGACCUCUUAAAAGAGCAUGCAACUGCAAAGAUGAUACUUGAAAAUAAUGAUUUAUCAACAAAACUAUAUUCAGGUGAUUUUUUUUUAAUUUUUUUUUUUUUAAAUGAAAGGGUAUUUUAGAUGUGAUAAAAAGGCAAUCAGGAAAACUCAGAAUUAGUGAUUAGUAAAUUCACUACUUGGCAAGCAUUUUCAAGCUUCCGCUGAGAGGUCCUUAGCUGAGUCUGCAUUGGCAUCAUUAGAGAUAGAAUUUACAAACCAAUAAAUCUUGCUGAUCAAGACUGGUCAAUAAAUUAAUCUAAGCUGAGUAACUAUGGGACAUGGUCAAUAUACUUAGAACUGAUUAACAACAAAGUAUGGUCUGGUUACAGUGGGUGUCCCCAUUUGCAAAAAUGGUCAAAUACAGGAGUUUGAAACUCAGUCACAUACCAUAUUCUGCCAAGAUUUGAAUAAUUUGUGAAUUAUAAUCAAUAUAAUGUAAUAGAUAGCCUAUUAUAAGCAAUAUAAGCAGGGUAUUAUUCUCAAAACACUGUAAUUCCGAAACCACUGUUGAUUGUCGUUCAUCAUUCCUGACAUUAGUCAGAAGCAAAGAAUUUAAGGUUUAUGCCUAAUGUUAGUUUAUCGGCCAUUCAACCCUACUGCUCCUUUGAUAAAGACUUUAAAUUUUAUAGUCAGACUAUUUGCCUACAGCAGGGGUAGGCUACCUGUGGAAGUAGUCCACAGCAUCUGGAGUGCCAAGGGUUGUCUACCCCUGGCCUACAGUAUGGCCCAAACUAUGGACCUGGAUUUUGAUAAAUGAUAGUGCCAAGUACCUGGGAGGUGACAUGAUGCUGAUCGAAAUAUGAAAGCUGUUGCAGCCUCAUGAACAUGUUUUCCAGUGAUGGGAAUGACUCCUGUUUUCCUUUUCUUGUCUUCUGACCAUCAUCACCAGCUGCAAAAUACAGUCAAUAAUAUAGUUUACCUCAAUCAAGAUCAGAAAAAGAGAAAAACAGAUGUGUGCCGCUGCUUGAUAAUAUUCCUGCCUGGUGAAUUCAUAUAUACAUGACAAACUACAGACAGACACAGACAUAUUCAGAUUUAUAAACAAUAGAUAUUUAUAGAGAGAGAGAGAAAGAGAAACAAUCUUGCUAUACCAUAUUAAUAUCCAAUACUUUUUUUGCCAAGAGUUCCUAAUAUAAAUUGUGACCUUAACAUCAACAGCUCAGUAAAUACAGUGUAUAUGAUAUACAUUACAAUACUGUAAUGGGAUAAUUAAAACAAUUCCUAAAAUUAAGUUACAUAAUACAAAUAGUUCAUCAAAAUCUUCAUAUACGUGUUUUCAGUUUUUGUUAUUUGUCAGUUACCCAAACUUCUUUACAUAAAUAUUAAUAUAGAUCACUUGCCUGCUGGUUGACUUAAGUUAUCAUUUAAGCUACACCACAAGAAAGCUUUUUAACAUUUUGAAGAGUUACCCAUAAUAUAGUAGCCGGCAUACAAAUAAAUAAAAAUAAAACCAUAUAGCCAUGGUUGGAAAAAUAACCAACACGAUAUAACGUCUAAACUACCUUUAUUGUAUGUAUUCGACCUCUCUAAUCAUCUUCAUAAUUCAUAAGGAAAUCAUAACACAUUCAUUAAUUGAAAAUUGUACAAACAUAAGAAACAGUUAUCGUUACAAAAAUGUAUCUACAUGAUUUAUUUUUUUCAUAAUGUCACGGAAUUUAGUUAAAAUAUUACACUGUACACAAAAUGUUGCUUAUGAUUUGUUUGUUAAUAUGUGCAGGGUUAUUGAGUCUACUGUGAAAUUAUGGGACGUAACCAGAGAAUUUAAAAUUUUGGGUUAGAACAGCCAAUCCAGGGAUAGAUGCGAGUUAGAAAAUACAUUCUAUCACAAGUAUUUUACCCUAAAAUUUGAAAUGCCCUAGUCAAUGUCUUCCAAUUUACAGAUUAAUGAAUUAGCCUGCUAAAUCCACAUGGUUUGUUUUAAGUUUGUCAUAUCCCCACAAUAGAUAUUUGCAACAAAAAAAUUAGUUAUAUAAAAAUGUAUAUAUACUUAGUGUGCUAUUUACCUUUACAGUGUGUUUGACAUAUAGUGUAUAUAAUUAUUGUAAAUAAUCUAAUGUAAUAUAAAACAUACCAAGAAACACUAUUUAAAAUAUACUUGGAGGAAUAGUUGUUUUGUUACAUUUUUUUUAUUCAGUAGUAGUUUGAAUAAUUUGUAUUUCAUUUUGUUGGCUACUAAACCGAAUAUAAAUUGCAAAUAAAUAUAUGGGUUAUUCACUAAACCCCCGGAUUUUGACUGGAUUGACAAAAUCCAGUGAAGAUUACCUGAUUCCGACAAUAAUGGCAAUUCUUAUAUUUAUUUAAGUCAAAUACGAUCAGAAUUCGGACUGCCCUAGCGAAUCUGCAGCAAUUGCUCAGAUGCAUUUCAUGUCUUAAAUAAAAUCGGAGUUUUCGCAUGCGAAUCCUAUACAAAGUAUAAGAUUCGUAAGAUACACAAAGCACUGAUAAAUAAAUGAACAAUAUAUUUAAAUAUUAUUUGACAACUGACAGGGCUAGCAGCCAGUGGGCAAACAGUUUAAAAAAACCAACAAACCUCAGCAUUGCUGGUAACUAGCCAGCCACCACAUUAAAAAGGUAAUAAAUAGGGGGUGAUUGAGUGGGGGACAUUUAAUGAAAUAAAUGGGGAAGACAUCCUUAUGCACCUCCUGCCGCUACCCAUGGUUAGACCGUUAAUUUUAUAUGGCUACUAUAACAUAAUAUUGAGGGAGGAGAACUUAAUUUCCUAUCCCAGCCAUCACCUAUUGGUGGCGGUUGAAAGCCCAAAUAUAUUCAGGAUGAGGAGUUAGGAUUCCCCCCAGCUCCCACCCAUAGGCAGUAGGUGGGGGCUCUAAUUAAUUAAACAAUGUUGUAUUUAACCCUCCCCAUCUCCAAUUCCCUAGAGUUUGCACUUGUUUGUUUCACUGUAAUUGAAGUGAUUCUCUUAAAGUGCCUCCAUACAUGCUACAUAUUGUUUUUUAAAUGACAGAAAUGGCUUUCUUUUAAGAUCCUAUAUAUAACUAACACAACAUUAAGUGUGAAAAAAGUAAAAAAAAAUGGUAGGAAAAAAAUUAUAAAACAUUUUUUACAUAUCCAUAGCGACUAAAGAAAAAAAAGAACUAAAAAUAGAUCCACAUAUUUUGUCUUGAUUGUUAAAUACCUCAUAGGUCUAUAAUCUAAAUAAGAUUUUGGUAGUUAACGCUAACCCUAUGCUUACCCCCUCAUACGAUACCAACCCUAUCCCUAAACCUAUGCUUGCUUACACUAACUAACCGUAUAUCUAACCUUAACACUAUCUCUAAUCCUAAAACAGCAUUAACCCUAACCCGGCAUUAACAAAUACUUUAUCCUAACACUAAGCCCACACUAACCCAAACCCUACAGUUUACCCUACCACUACAACUAACCCUAACCCUACUCCAUAUAAGACCUCUGUUAAUACCAGUACUGAUAUAAGCAGAUGGGCUUCCUGGUUAAAACAGUAUGUGACCGCCAUCUACUGGCUGUAAUGCUGAAACUCCAGCAUGAUUUCUCUUUAAAUUACAUUGUAAUCUGGGCUGAGCAGGUGACAAAGUCCAGCACCAAUCACAAUCGGCAUGGUGGCAUACAGGGAGAUCCUGCAGGAUCUGUUUACUUUCCAUCCAAUUCUGUUUCAAAGGAUUAAAAAGGCUGUAUGCAGUGCUUACUACAGUUCAUGUGUCAGUCUGUAGCCACUAAAUGUGGACCCAAUUGACAGAAGGGAGCCCCUUCAAUUGAUACCUGGGGUCCACUGGCGCACACACCCAUUUUUUGAGGAAGCACACAGAGGGUUGGAAGCUGUGCACAGCUCCUCACGGCGCAGGCCAGGAGGAGGUGGGGGCCGUGAGGAGUGGGUCAAUGGUUGCCAUAUGGUGCCCAGGAGGUGGCUGACUGGCUGGCUGGCCACCAGAGGGCACCCUGAAGAGGGAGUAAAAGAGGAGGCAUCCUUGGGGGCGGCAAGAGAGCUCUGAUGAUGUGUUUCCAGGUUCUCUCAGCUCCCUCGUACGUCCUGUGUAAUGAUGCUAGGGAGCCGGAAUAUGAUGUCACUCCGGCCCUGGCAUCACUACAAAAGCGCAUGAGGGAGCAGAGAGGAAAUGAAAGAAUAAUUUCCCACUGGAUCCCAGGGAGAAAAUCCUCACUGGAUUACAGGGAGAGGACCCAGACUAGCUUUCCUACAGGUAGGGAGGCUGGAUGUGCCUAAAAAAGAUAAAAUAAAUAAAACAAGAAAUAAAAUGAAUUUUUGAGUAUGCAAAAAUGUGUAAGUGUGUGUAUCUGCCAGUGAGUGUGUUUCUGUCAGUGAGUGUUGCUGUCACUGGGAGUGUGUGUCAGUGUGUGUCAGUGAGUGUGUCUGUCCAUGACAGACACACACGCUGCCAGACACGCACUCAAUGACAGACACACAAUCUCACUGACUUGAAACACUCACUGAUGUCAGUGAGUGUUUUAAAUCAGUGAGAUUGUGUGUCUCAGUCUGUGUAAGAGUAUGUUUUUCAAUGAGUGUGUGUGUCAAUGUGUGUGUCAUUGAGAGUGUGUCAGUGUGUCUGUCAGUGAGUGUGUCUGUAGUGAGACACAAACACUGACAGACACAUUGACACACAUAUACACACACACAAUCUCAUGGAUUUAAAACACUCAAUGACAGUCUGUCAGUGAGUUUAAAAAUUAGUGAGAUUGUGUGUCUGUCAUUGAGAGUAUGUCUGUAAAUGAGUGUGCCUAUGAGUGCUUCAAAUCAGUGAGAUUGUGUGCCUGUCAUUGAGAGUGUGUGUCAGUGUGUCUGUUAGUGAGUGUGUCUGUCAUUGUCAAUGUGUCUGUCACACUCACUGACAGACACAACGACACACAUAUACACACAUUGACACAUACACACACAGAUACACACAUAUACACACAUACACACACCGGCACACAGAUAUGCACACAUCAACAUACAAAUACAAACACAUUGACACAUACACACAGUCAGAUAGACAAACUGACACACAGGUACACACACCAACAGAUACACAUACUGGCACUUACAGACACAGCUACAAAAACACACUGGCACACAGAUACACACUGCCACAUACACACACUGACAAAUACACUAACAGCUACACACACUGACACACAGGUACACACACGACAUACAAACACCUUGACACACAUUUACACACAUACAUGCACUGACACACAGGUACAGAUACACAUUGUUAUAUUUGCCCUGAUAAUUUUGCUGCUGAAAUUAUAUUCCUGCAGACUGUUUCUUCCAGUUCUCUAAUACAGCUAGUGACCUGGAUCCCUGGAGGACAUAAGUAGGAUAGCAAUAGUUGAAAGGAUUAAUACGGGCACUGAGACAAGUAAACAAAUAUUUACUGACCUUGUCUAUAUGUUUGGCAUUCUAAAGUAUAGCUAAUUAACUUUUUAUUUGGUUCUAACAUCAUAUUUUAUUAUGUAAAGGGUGAGAUGGUGAUAGGAACUUGAUGUUAAACAAAAACAGCUUACAUUGAAAAAUGCCAAGGCACUAAAAGUAAUAUGGCAGUACAUUUAAAGUUUAUGACUAAAUUGCUGUUCCCUAUUUUUCUUUUACUUCUCUUUUCUCUAAUAUUAUUUUCGGACUCCAACAUUUAAUUUUGGCACAUUACACAAUUAAGCAACAUUAGCCUUUCAGAGUAAGGCCAGGAAAGCGUUCAGGUUCAUCAAGACUAUAAAAGUAACAAAACCGUCAUUUACUAUUCUGCUGUCACAUGAAAUAGAAUCUGAAAAGCAUUGUCUAUGAUAAUUAUCUGUACUUUGCAAGUUCCAUUUGUCUUUCAGAGGAGCUACAAUCAAUAUACAGGUAAUUUAUAAUACAUAUGGUAAUUUGCUAAAGUGAGAAUUUAAAGUGAAUUUUAAAGGGACACUAGAGUCACCAGAACAAUUACAGCCUAAUGUAGUUGUUCUUAUGGGCAUAGUCAGUCCCUGCAGACAUUUUAAUGUAAAUACUACCUUUUCGUAGAGUGCCUUUUUGGAGACCCUGAACUUUACCCAUAGAGAUUCAUUGACUCAAUGCAUCUCUAUGAAAAGAUGCUGAUUGGCUAGGGUGGUAUUUUGCCCCGCCGCACCUCCUUGGCUGAGAUCAUCAGAAUUGAUGAUCUCAGCCAAUCCAAUGCUUACCUAUGGGAAUGCUUGUGAUUGGCUGAGAUCAUCAAUUCUGAUGAUCUCAGCCAAGGAGGUUCAUCAGGCGUGGACCCGUGCGGUGCGAGAAAAAAGCUCUAAGUUUUCGUAUUAUAUAAAGAGAGUAAGGAGGGACCACGCACCCUACAUGUAUUUUUUUUAGCACUACAGGAAUAAAAGUUUGUGUUCCUGACCCUAUAGUGUUUCUUAGCAUAGCUGAGAAUAUUUCCAGUUUGGCUAAUUUAAAGUUUAAACUUGAUUUUCAAUUCUAUUUCUCAACAUUUUGUAGCUGAUAUUGCUUACUCUGCACCUUUGUUUGUGAUCAAAAAGCACGCUGUGUUUGUCUCAUGCAUAUAGUAUAAUUGUAAUAUCAGUGUAUUCUUGACCUGUUUGCAUUCCAGAAAAGUGUGUAUUUUUUAUAAUAAUAAUUUGUCCAUUUUAGGUUGUAAUGUUCCAUACGGAUUCCUAAAAUAACGAAAUCUGUCCCACACCCUAAGCCAUCACUUUCUACCAUGAACUUCUCCUUCCCAAUAUGACUUCUCAAUUUCCUUUACCAACUUUUUCUCUCAUACCACCACAUGUCUUGUAUCAGUGUGUAGCUAUUUGUCUAUGUCAAUGUAAGUGUCGACUUGUCAGUAACCCUGCCUCACUGUACAGAAGUGUGGGAUCUGCAAACUUAAAAUAAUUGGAAUUUCGAAAAUGUCAUUGAUAUUAUAUUGAUAUAUAAUAAGUAGUGAUGUCCCGAACGGUUCGCCGAACGAUUCGCCACGGACUCAUCAUUGAGUAAACUUUGACCCUGUAUCUCACAGUCAGCAGACACAUUCAGCCAAUCAGCAGCAGACCCUCCCUCCCAGACCCUCCCACCUCCUGGACAGCUCACUAAGAAUGCAGCUUCACAAUGAAUGUAAAAUGGAUGCUGUCCAGGAGGUGGGAGGGUCUGGGAGGGAGGGUCUGCUGCUGAUUGGCUAGAAUGUGUCUGCUGACUGUGAGGUACAGGGUCAAAGUUUACUCAAUGAUGAGUCCGCGUGAACCGUUCGUGGCGAACCGUUUGCGAACCGUUCAGGACAUCAGUAAUAAUAAGGUCUACAAAAUUAACAGCAAUCUAGAAGAUCAAACUUAAAAGUAGUGUAUGUACAGAUGAACUCCCAAUAAAAUCAAUCCUUGCAUCUAUUUUCUUUUAAAGAACAAGCAAAAUUAUUCGAUUUACAGCAACAGUGUACUUUGUAGCUUGUGAUGCAUUUGUCCUACUCAUGGACACUUGAUUGAACUUGGGUGGAACUGCUCAGUAAGCACAUAUCAGCCAAACCACAGUUCCUACCAGUUUAUUCAAAGCCAAGUACACAGUGUUGUGCAUGGGUUUGUUUGCAGAAAUAUCCUAACCCAUCAACCUGACAUAUGCGUCUCUGUGUCUAGGGCUGAGAGGGGAAAUAUAUGCACAGCAUCCGCAUGUGCAAUUUGUAUGGUAAAUGAGGAAGUGAAAUUGCUUCUUUAUUUCACAGUGAAAAGGGGUAGACUCAUAGUUAAAGUAAUAUAUGUAAUUUGCCGCUGUGUGCAGUGACAGUCGCAGGAUUGCACAAUGACUUAUGCCUGGAGCAAAGGUUAUUAUAGAGCUCAGAGUGACCCUUUAAGAAUAAAUAUGGCACUUCAUAUUAUAUCUGCGUAUGUAGGUCUAGGUAAAAAUGUAUGUCUCAUGAAAGGAAAAUAAAGUGAUCUUCAAGUGACAAUUUGUGACAUAAUUUGCCCAAAGUCAGAAGAAGAAAAUAUUCCACAAGCUGUAUUUUCUUUAAAAAUGUAUACCGCUAAGCAAAUCUAGUCAUAAUGACCCAUGUAAAUAAUUGCCUUAGAUGUAAUGCACAUGGCAAGUCUGGCUCAUGUAAAUUACAUCUGGUGGGUAUGUCCUUUUAAUCAACGCAUAAUUGAUUGAUCCAUGUGGAUCACUUACAGUAAAUGCAGAGCAGGGCUAGGAUUUUCAUUAAGUUUGCAUCUAUAACGGUGCGGUACAUUUUCUACUUCCAAACACAUUAAAUAGAGGUUUGAAAAUGAAACCAUUAAAAAGAAAAUUCCACUUGGGUGUUUUUACACUGCAUUACUAAUAAACUCACACAUACACACCACAAGUGGUGAAUGCCAUAUGCAACUUGUUAUAAUCAAUGCAAAUCGAAUUACUGUUCUUUUGUGAAAGAGCCAGGCCAAAAAAGGAAAAAAAAAAACAUCCAGCUAUUUUUGCCCAACAUUUUAAAUAAUUUAGUCAACUCCUUAUACCUGUGUUUAGUGAAUAACAAUGUUUGUUAUGCUAAAUACAUCUUCAUCAAUGUUCAUAUUAAUAUAAUUUAUUAUUAGAUUCUACGAACAUGAUUAUCCAUUAAUUUAAGAGCAUUAAAUAGAUUUACCAUCAGAUUCACUAGUGCUUGAUUUGUUCAAUAUCCCCAGGAGGUCUUUGGUAAUUUUUCGUAGCUGAUGCCUUGCUUCAUCUCUUACUCUGCCCACCCCAUACAGCAGAAUCAUUCUCUGGUUACAUUCAUGACUGGAAGACUCUUCCUGUGAAUGAAAUAAAAUUCAAGUUAGGUAUUUACAAAGACAUGAACUAAUCAAUGCGGCUCUGUCAUUUCUCAGCAUUUUAUAAAAUAUUGAUGCUGGAAUUUAAAAGCAAUCCAAAGACACCAUAAGAUAAAGUAGGAGCUAUUGUGUAUUACGGUAAAGCCUGAAGUUGACAAAAGUUGAGAAAAUACCAAGCUUUGCGGUCAACUUUUGCCCAAUUUCACCGUGAUGUCACAUCACGAGACAUCAUCUAUGAAGGUUCCUCCAUAGACCUCAGUGCUCUGCUCUUACAUGUGUGUGAGAGUACAGAACUGACAUAGCCCCUGGCAAAUGAAACACCAAGAGCCAAAGUAGACCUCCAGAAGAAGAUAGCAGCAGCUAUGAUGGACAUCUUCGUGCAAGUAAACUACCCUCCACUGCACCUGCAACCACUGGUCUCUAACCAGACAUGUCACUUUUUCUUUGGGGGUCAAAAAGGCAAAGUGACAGAUCUGCUUUAAGCAUUUUUACCAGUAUCUUUGUGCAUAAACUGGAGUCUCUGGACUAUGGAAUACAUUUCGAUGUCUAGCAAAGUGACAUCCAACAUUUUAGUAUGGAAGCCUAUAUAAUCCUGAAAAGCCUAGGCAGAGAAGCCAGAAAAUUCAUACUGAAUUGUAUAAAACAAGAGAAACUAUGGAUGUCUCCAUGUUGCUGGAGGACAGUGCAACAACUUUCGGUUUGUAUCCUGGCACAAUGAGAUUUUCUUAAAGACAACUCAUUGAUUGGAUCUUCUAGGUUUAUGGGGGUGCUCGGUCCAUCUGAACUGUUGUAGAGGAUACCAAGAAAUUGUAAGUAGUUAUAUCAUUGUAUAACCUAUACCGGUGACAAUCCAGUUACUGCAGGCCAGAAGAAACUACUUUAAAUGUCAUUAGCAAAAGGACUGUACAUAUGCAUUUAUAUUGCCAUUUAAUAUCACACUGUUAAUUCUGACAAAGUGUUCUAUGUACACUAAUGGAAACAAAUACAUGUAAUUACUUCCUGAAAUACUGGUUCAACCAACUAUGUUAUCAAUGGCUUGUUAUAAGUAAUAAUUAACCUACACACAGGCUUUAUAUAUCUGCUGCCAAAUCAUUUACGGUUAGAUUUGUAGUGAUUUAAAUAAUAACCACACAAUAUUAAAUAAGGCAUACUGUCAAAGAGAAGUCAAAUGAACACUCUGAUGUAUCUUUUUCUAUAUUAUAUGUUUUCUUUGUUGUUUAAGUUACUGAGCUCCCUUUUUAAAAUAGACAAUAUUAAAAAGAAACAAACUUGCCUCUGGGAGAGACAUAUCACUGCACCGUGAUCUGACCGAUUAAGUCACCAAUUCUUAUGACUUUUGUCCAAUUGAUUCUUUUUAAUAGUGAAGAAUUGAAGAUACAGGACUCGUGCAUACCAAAUGAUCCAUCAAUCCAGUGCUUCUCUAUGAAGCACUGAAUCCAACAAGUCUCACAAAAACGCACUGGACAUACAACCAUCAUCUGACUUCUGCACAUUUUAUGGAUUAUAUUUUUGUUGGAAACCCUUAGUGGCUAUUCAUCUGAGGGCCACAAGAGGUGUGGAGGUUGCAGAAUGUUGUCAUUAGAAAGCCUGUAGGGCACGAUCUAUGCCCAAAAAUCAUUUCAUCCUUGCUAACAAAAAAUAAUUUAUUUUUGCAUUAGGACAUGCAGUAAAACCUACCCUUGGCCUUUACACUAUCCUAAAACAAUAAACAUUAACUGAUAUACUACACUAACAUUAAAUAUUGACCUACAUUAUCUUAACAGUUACAAUGACACUUACUUUCCCCCUUUAUAAUACUGUAAAGCGUUGCGGAAUAAGGUGGCGCUAUAUAAAUACCAAUAAUAAUAAUAAAAUUACUGUAACGUAAAACCGGUCAUCCUCUCAUUUAUACUCUGCACCAUGCCCAAGCCUUAAUUAACCCGCUUUGUUAGAGGCCCAAUAUUUUAUUAUUUCAGCUUCAAUUACCCUGCAACAAUACAAAUAAAAGAGGUGGGCACAGGGGUACAGCAUGAAAAUACUACUGUACUCCAUGUGACAAAUUUGAUCAAGAUGGUCAUGUUUUGCCUACACGACUGAGUACAUUUGCAAUUUGAUGAUGCAGGCAGUAACUGUUGUCUUAAGGCCAGGUAAGGGAAACAAAUUCAUAGUUCAUCUUCGGCACCACUCUCAAUCCAGGCCUAACUUGAUCACACAUACACCAACAAAACAAACACAAAAUAAUUAUAUAUGUGUAAUUAACCACACAGAGACUUACAUCUAUUAUUUUAAAGGUUUACUGUAGUAAAAUCAAAUAUUAGCUCUAACAGAGCGAAAACUGGUUAACAGGUCCCCUGAUACUUUGAUGAUUGCUUAAUGAGCCAACAUUCAAUAACCAAAUGUUAACAUACAACAAAUGAAAUCAUAUAAAUGAUUAUUUGCCUAGACUAAAAGGCAUUAUGGGUCAUUUAAAACAGUGCCUCAAUCGAUUAACAGAUGAUUAUAUGAUUUCAGCCACCAGUUAGAACCAUCUAUUCUAAUCACUAUAAUAAACUUAAUGCUAUAGUUGAGGGGAUAUAAACAAUUUAAGCUUUAUGAUUUAUAGUUUUCAAGGAAGCAUUCACUUUUAGUUAAUUAUGUUUUUGUCAUAUUGAAAAUUUUUAUUUGUAACUGGACUUGCUUAAUUUACUUGAAAUUAUUAAGUAACAUUAUGGACCUUAUAUCUAGAAACACUGUAUAUGUUUGGAUAAUUAAGUAAAUAUAAUAAUUACAUAAUAUCAAACAUUUCCUAUAUAAAUAAACACUGGUGAGCAAAACUCUUAAAAAUUAAAUAUAUAUUCUAAUUUAGAUAAACGGGUUGAAAGGACAAUAUAUUCUUAAAGGAUCACUAUAGGGUCAGGAACACAAACAUGCAUUCCUGACCCUAUAGUGUUAACACCACCAUCUAGCCCUCUUGCCUCCAUAAAUAUAGUAAAAAUCUUACUGUAUUCAAACCAGAAGCUGUAAGUCUGCAUGCUGUUAGACUCAGAAAAACAAGCAGUCUGCUGACAUGUGGUAGCCUGAUCCAAUCACAGUGCUUCCCCAUAGGAUUGGCUGAGACUGACAAAGAGGCAGAUCAGGGGAAGGGCCAGCAUGAUUCAAACACAGCCCUGGCCAAUCAGCAUCUCCUCAUAGAGAUGAAUUGAAUCAAUAAAUGUCUAUGCGGAAAGUUCUGUGUCUGCAUCCAGAGGGAGGAGACACUGAAUCACAGGACUCUGUGCACAGUGCUGCCCUGUGCUCUGCUGACAGCAGAUCUGAGUGGAUGGAUGCAUAUUAUGCCUCCAUCAACUCCAAAGUCCCUCUGGUUCACUCUGAGUGACUGCAACUGGAGGUGUUCCUAGCUUUCAAUGUAAACACUGUAUUUUCUCAGACAAUACAGUGUUUAUAUGAGAAAGGCUGCAGGGAGCUAUAGUUCUCACCUGAACAACCUCAUUAAGCUGAAGUUGUUCAGGUGACUAUAGUGUCCCUUUAAAGUUCUAACAAGAAUUUGGAAAAUCUUGGGGUUAUUAUGUAAUUUUCAAAAGCUAUUUGGAAAACCAACUUAAUGACGGCAUAGACUGUUAGCUGUGAGGGCCAUCAGGUGAGGAGUAACGUAACAAAGAGUAACGUAUGUUUGUGUCUGCAAAUCAAUGUUCUAAAUUAAUUAUUAUGAAUUAAGAUGAACACAGAAUAUAGCACUUUUAUUGUCUCCAUGUAGUAUUUAGAAAAAUAGCUAUCAAUUAAGCAAUAUCUGGCAGAAUGACUGUAUUUUUUAUUUUUUAUUUCUCUCUAUAAGCAUUUUUCUUUCUUGGAUGAAAACCAUUAAAAUAUAAUUUAAUAAUAUAUAAAUAUACCGUUUGAUUGUAUCAAAUCAUUCAUAUUGCAAAUACUAACCAUUUUUUAUUUAUUUUUUCCAUUACUUUAUUCUCAACACUCGAAUCUUAGAGAGCAAGGUCAACAUCACAUACAAAUAAUUUAUGUCAUUUUGGGUGUCCGGACACGAAUACUGCAACAAAAAAAAGUGCUUGGUUUACGUGACACAUAACAUGGAUUCCUUGAUUGAUUAUUCAGGUAUAGUAUCACUUUCUCAUUUCUUUAAAUUAACUCCCCAUACUUUGCUUAAAUUGAAUACUGUGUUUUGGAUUUAAUAUUAUGUGUGUAGAAAAAAAUAUUCUUUUUAAUAGCUUUCUCAUGUAAAAAUGGCUUAUCUUUUUACAUCAUAUUAGAGAAUUAUUUAGUGUGGAUGAGAGAGGGGUAGCUUUGUAGGGCUUGAAUAAGGAAUCAGCACAAUUUAGCCACUUCCUGUGCAUGCGGAAGAGGUACAGUUUGUCUUGCAAUCAUUAUAGAAAACAAUUACAGGAGAGUUUAUAUCAGUGGGUGCUUAUAAGAAAUAUGAUGGAUAAUUAUAGCAUCUACUGUCCCACAAAGAGAGAAUUCUGUUCAGUCCACUCUAAUAUCCAGUAUCUAGCCAAGAAAUGUGUCUUGGUGACACUAUCAGUAUGUAAGGAUGAGCAGAGUAUAUCUUGCUUAACCCCUUAAGGACUGAGGCAGUUGUGAAAGUUGUGAUCACACAAAACAUAAACAAAACCGUAAUUCACUUCUGUCAUAUUAAAUGCACCCGCACUUAUUAUAUAUCAUUUUGUUCAGGGGAAACAGGGCUUUCAUGUCACAUCAAAUACUUAUAUGUUAAGCAUAAUUUAAUAUGAAUAAAAUAUAAAAACAUAUGAGAAAUUAAGACUUUUUUUUUUUAGUUUUUAGUAUUAUGGCAGUUUAACUGUGAAUGUCAUAAUACCAUUAGCUGUUACUGCAAUAAAGUACACGUUUGUAUUCAGCGAUAUCUACUGAGUAAAACAGUACCCCCCGUGUGCAGGUUUUAUGGUAUUUUGGAAAGUUACAGGGUCAAACAUAUUACAUUACGUUUAUACACAUUGAAAUUUCGAAUUUCGGGUAAUUCAGACAUUCGGGUACUUCCGAUUGUCCGAAUAGAUGAAUUGCCGAAUUGUCGAAGUCCCAAAGUUCCGAAAUUACCAAAUUUCCGAAGCACAGUAUUGCCUAAGAACUAAUAUACUUAGCCAGCUGAAGAAUGUUACAAUGUAUACAAUUUUAAAUAAAAAGUAUACAAACAUAGCCAGGAUUCAGCUCUAAGCAUUUGCAACACUUACAACAAUCAAGUAACAUACAUUCAUAUAAAAUGUAAGUUACUUAGCCAGUCAGUGUAAUGACAGGAAUGAAUAAGUAGAUAACUCCCUAAUUCCCAGGGUAUUAGGGAGCUAUCUACUAAAAGGCUGAAAGACCUAAAUUCAGCCAAACUUACUAAUACUAAGUAAAGAUUACUUAGUAUUAGUAAAUUAUGCCCCUACUCGCUAUACUGCGAGUAGGGGCAUGUCUAUUAAACAGUGAGCAACCUAUGGCUGCUCACUUUAAGAAAAAAAAAAAGCCCCCCCCCCCUCCCGAGCCCCCACCUGUGCUGCGUGAGUGGGGGCUUCUAACCUGAAGGGGGUACCUAUUGCCCCCCCGGCCCCCACCCCUGAACGGCAGCAGGGGGCCAUAAAUACUAAUAAGCGGGGGACUUAAUGUCCUUCCCUCUGGCCCCCACCCCUGAGCAGUGGGUGGGGGCCCUACAGUAAAACAAGGGGGGGACUUAAUGUCCUCCCCUUGGCCCCCACCCCUGAGCGGUGGGUGAGGGCCCUAAAUACUUAUAAGGGGGGUGACCUAAUGUCUUCCCCCCUGGCCCCCACCCCUGAGCAGUGGGUGGGGGCCCUACAGUAAAAUAAGGGGGAGACCUAAUGUCCUCCCCCUGGCCUCCACCCCUGAGCAGCAGGUGGGGGCCCUAAAUUGGAAUAAGAGGAGGGACCUAAUGUCCUCCCCCCAGGCCCCCACCCCUGAGCGGCGGGUGGGGGCCCUAAAUACUAAUAGGGGGACCUAAUGUCCUCCCCCCUGGCCUUCACCCCUGAGCGGCAGGUGGGGGCCCUAAAUACCAAUAAGGGGUGGGACCUAUUGUCCUCCCCCCCGGCCCCCACCCUGAGCAGCGGGUGGGGGCCCUAAAUAAAAAUGUUACCCCCCAGGUGUCUAUGGGUCCCCAAACCCCUAGUCACCCCCCAAAAAAAAUUAACCCCUACCUACCCCCUCACCCUAAAAAUAAUGAGGGGUGACCUUUAAUUAAGUACCUGUAAAAAAAAUAAAACUUACCAUUUGAUUUUCCCACGCUGUGUAAUUUGACUCAUAACUCUCUGAAUGCGUACUUAAUCCACCAAUCAGAGUGUUAUGAGUCAAAUUACACAGCGUGGGAAAAUUCCAAAGAACUUUCCCAUGCUGUAUAAAAUGACACAGAGCACUCUGAUUGGUGGAUUUCAAGCCAACCAAUCAGAGUGCUGUGACAGGUAAAUGUAGAGACUUACCUGUCAGAGCACUCUGACUGAAUGGCUUAAACCCACCAAUCAGAGUGCUCUGAGCCUAAUUGCAGGGCGGGGCAAGGCCUUGCCCUGCCCUGCAGAGCUCAGUCUGCGCGGAGCCCUCCAUGGGUGAAGAUGGAUUAUUUAUUUUGCGCUCUUUUUUUAUUUUAUUUUUUUUAAGUGCGUUGGUUAUUAUGGUUUUUUAUUUGGGCUUUUUGGGGGCUGAAAAAGGAAGAUUUUAGAAGAAAGAAAACAUCAAAUGGUAAGUUUUAUUUUAUUGUUUUACAAGUACUUAGUUAAAGGCCUCCCCCUCAUUAUUUUUAGGUUUUAGGGUUAAUUUUUUUUUGGGGGGGUGGGGGGUGACUAGGAGUUUGGGGACUAGAUGACUAGGUCCCCCUUUAGUUUAAAAGCCCCCACUCGUGACAUGGAGGGGGGACCCCACUCGCGACGUGGAGGGGGGACCCUAUUUUUUAUUUUAUUGUUUUAACAGUGAGCAGCCACAGGCCACAGGCUGCUCACUGUUUAAUAGACAUGCCCCUACUCGUAGUAUAGCGAGUAGGGGCAAAAUUUACUAAUAAGAAGUAAUUUUACUUAGUGUUAGUAAAUUUGGCUGAAAGACCAAUUUAGGUCUUUCAGCCUUUUGGUAGAUAACUCCCUAAUACCUUGGAAAUUAGGGAGUUAUCUAUUAAGCGGCUGCAAGAGAAGUGCCAAAGUCCCGAAAUUCCGAAAUGCCCAAGUUCCGAAAUGUCGAAGUGCCGAAGUUGCCGAAUUUCCGAAGUCCUGAAUUUCGGAAUGCCGAACCGAAAAUUUUCCUCAUGCACAUGGCUAAAAUUUGCCACACUGGUUAUGGUGCCGUUGAGACCAUAUCGUAACCCAGCAAUGAGAAUUAACCCCAUGAUAGCAUACCAUUUGCAAAAGUAGACAACACAGGGUAUUACAAAUGAGGUUUGUCAAGUCUUUUUUAGUAGCCAGCUUGUCACAAACACUGGCCAAAGUUAGCGUUCAUAUUUGUUUGUGUGUGAAAAAUGACAAAAACUAAUUUGAACGCUAAUUUUGGCCAGUGUUUGUACUAAAUGGCUACUAAAAAAGACUGGACAUACCCCAUUUGCAAUUCCUUGGGUUUUCUACUUUUGCAAAUGGUAGGCCAUCAUGGAGGUAAUUCUCAUUCGUGGGUUACCAUACGGUCUCAAAGGCAACAUAACCAAUCUGGCAAAUUUCAAUGAAAAAAAAAGGAAAUUUAAGUCUUAUAUUUGACUCUGUAACUUUUGAAAACACCAUAAAACCUGUACAUGGGGCUACUGUUAUACUCAGGAGACUUUGCUGAACACAAUUGUUAGUGUUUUUAAAAUAGUAAAAUAGUAUUACAACAAUUAUAUCGUCAGUGAAAGUGUCGUUUGUGUGUAAAAAAUGCAAAACACAGCACUUUCAUUGACGAUAUCAUCGUUGUGAUAUGUUUUACUGAUUUUAAACACCAAUAUUUGUGUUUAGUGAAGUCUCCCAAGUAAAACAGUACCCCCCAUGUACAGGUUUUAUGAUGUCCUGGAAAGUUAGAGUGUUAAAUAUAGGGCUUGCGAGUCAAAUUCUCUGGACUUUCUACCUGGGUUGUCAGGCAGGUCCCCCAAAUUGUAAUUAAUAAAAUGACUUAAUUAUGUAAAAAUAUUAGAAUUUAAAUAUAUAUAUAGAUAUAUAUUUAUUUAUUAUUUUUAUUUUUAUUUAUAUAUAGCUAAAUAUAUAUAUAACGUCAUUCUAAAUGUAUUUUUAAUUUAAUAUAUAUGUAUAUUAAAAUCAAAAUACAGUUAGAACAAAUUUAUACCUGUAUAUAAUUUUAAUUUUUUUUGUGGGUUCCUUCCGAUCGCAUGGCCCGGGAAGGCUGGAUCGGGCAAAGGGUCUCUGCUUAAGCUCCCAGACAGACCCCAGGAUCGCGACCGCCGUCGGGGGAAUGGCGGUGAUCCGGUGAGUACAAAGGACGUUGGGACGUUCUAUGCUGCCCUCCGGCAUUUAGAGCCACCCCAAAAAGGAUGGCACAGAAUGCCCGCAGUCCUUAAGGGGUUAAGUGUAAGUCCAAUGAAAACCAUAAAACAGCACGGUAUACAAUACUGAUACAAUAUCUGUCUAUCUCCUCAACAGAGAAUGCAAAAAAAGAGAUACCAAGUUUAGAGAAAUGCAUGGGAACCUUACUAUUAGUGGCUCAAACUCAGUGAGAGGAGUUAGUUAGUUAGUUAAUUAGUUUUCCAGCACCUGGGCAACUCACAGCAACACUUAAAAGGAAACUCCAAUGCCUAAAUACAAAAAUGUAAAAAUCACUUUUUAGCAGAUAUGAUCCAAAGGAAAAUAAGCAGGAAUUUAAUUAUGCAUUUUUUAAUGGAGGGUAUUUCUAAAACAGCUCGCAAAACCUGCAGAUCUCAUCUGCUGCCUUUGCAAGCCCUUCUCUUCUUCCCCAACCCAAACAUUCGGUUGUUGUCCAAUCACAGACUUCCCAAAUUAGUUAAAUGAGAAGUCUUUGCAAGGAAGGUGCUCUAGGCAAUUGCUGCCUCUUUAAUUAAGCUCCACUGAGCUAACCAAACCAGGAAGUGACCUGUUGACUGACAACCAUGGGAUGUGAUUAUUAUUAUAAUUAUUUAUAAAGCACCAACAAGUUCUGUAACGCUGUACAAUGUGUGGACUAACAGACACGUAUUUGUAAACAGUCAAGUUGGACACACAGGAAUAGAGGGAUUGAGGGCCCUGCUCAAUGAGUUUACAUGCUAGAGGGAGUGGGGUAUAGUGACACAAAAGGUAAGGGUAGGGUAGAAAAGUAGGUUGCUACGAUAGUAUUCACUGAGGGCUUAGUGUUUUGAUGACAGUUUCAUGAGAGGAAUCAGGGUGUGGGGAGGGAUAGCUGUUCACAGAAUUUAACUGAUAUCCUAAAGAAAUAAGUUUUCAAAGAUAUUUUGAAGGAGUGGAGAUUGGAUGAAAGUCUAACAGAGAGGGGAAGGGCGUUCCAUAGGAACGGUGCAGCCCUAGAGAAGUCUUUAAGGUGAGCAUCAGAGGUAGGAUUACCUAUAUUGAUUUCACUUGAUUUUACAAAUAGUCCUUGACAAAAAUCUUUGAGAAACUGUGUUUUUUCAGUCUCUGCACAUAAUGUAUAUUAUUUUUCAUUUCUUUAUUUAGGAGGUGGGGAGAUCAAUACAGAAUUUAAAUUCCACAACUUCACAAAUCACAUUGGUAAUUUGAGUGGCUGUUCUAGAGAAAACCGUGUCAACCAAGUCAUUUUUCCUGUUCUCUACUCUAUCCUGUUCUUUGUUGGAAUAAUAAUGAAUGGCCUUGCGAUUCGAGUGUUUUUCCAGAUACCAAGUAAUUCUAACUUCAUCAUUUUCCUGAAAAACUCAGUUAUUUCAGAUUCUCUAAUGAUUAUGACAUUUCCCUUUAAGAUUUUAAGUGAUGCAGGACUUGGGCUUUGGUCGUUGAAAGGUUUUGUUUGUCAAGUAACCUCUGUGAUAUUCUAUUUCACAAUGUAUAUGAGUAUUUUAUUCCUCGGACUCAUCACUAUCGACCGGUACUUGAAAACUGUCAGACCAUUCAACAAGACAACCAAUCCACUCUCGGCAAAGAUUUUAUCAGCUGUGAUAUGGAUAGUUAUGUUUUCGAUUUCACUCCCCAAUAUGAUUUUGACAAAUAAGACACCAACUCCAAAAAAUGUGAAGAAAUGUGCCUUUCUCAAAUCAGAUUUUGGGCUAGUUUGGCAUGAAAUAGUGAACUUCAUAUGUCAAUUUAUCUUCUGGAUAAUUUUUGCAGUCAUUGUGGUAUGCUAUCUUCUUAUAACUAGAGAACUACUUCAAUCCUUCAAAAGAACCAAAAGGGAAAAGACCAAAUCCAGAAAAAAAGUCAAUAUGAAGGUGUUUAUAGUCAUAGCAGUGUUCUUUAUUUGUUUUGUUCCAUUCCACUUUGCACGGAUCCCUUACACCUUAAGUCAAACCCGAGAUGUCUUUAACUGCUCUGCACAGAACACUCUUUUCUACUUGAAAGAAAGCACCUUGUGGUUAUCAUCUCUAAAUGCGUGCCUGGAUCCUCUUAUCUACUUUUUCCUUUGCCGUUCCUUUAGAAAUUCUCUAGCAAUGAUGUGGAAAACAAAGAAAGUGUGUGGCACGUUUUACAUAAAGCCAAGCAUACUGACUCGUUACAGUAAGAGGACAGAUGAAACACAUAUAUAGUAGAAGAACGGGUGGAAUUUAAUCUGAAGUAGUCCUUUUUAGUUUAUUUUCAGAACUGUUGCUAUUGUAUAUUUUAUGCAUAGUGGAGAAUAAAGAAAAAAAAUACGGUGGCUAUUUGACAGGUAAACACAGUGCGAAAAAAUCCAAAGUAGUGAUAUUGAGAGUGUCCCUCUAAAAUCAGGACUGUUUGAGGCCUGCAUAACUAGUAAAUUAUGAAACAUUAUAUUAAUAAGCUUCACCUUAAAAACUGCCAAACUAUCGAAAACAUUUUACAAAACAUAUAGUCAGAUUAUAUACAUAUAGCAUAUAGGACAUUAGUCACUUAGCAGUUUUCAGUAAAUUCCUUCUUGAAAGCGGACAGGGUCAGUGACACAGCUCCUGUCAAGCGGUUCUCCAAAUAAUUGCACAGAUGAAAUACCUAAUUUAAGUAUACAAUUUUAUUUUUAUUCCAUCACCCUGGUUGUUGCUUUUCUUUUAUUAAAGUUUAUUAUAUUUUCAAGGAGGAAAAAUGCAGCAGUCUGAAGAAAGCGCGUUCUAACAUCUUGCACUUAGAUAUAUCAAAAUAAAAUUCGGGAUACAACAAUGUCUACAUGGCAUACUCCCAGUUACCGUACAAUAAACACUGUCUGUCUAACACUAAGGUCACAUGUAUAGGAAGAAAUGGAGCUAUGAGGGGUAUGUAGAAAAAGAGGAAGAUAAAAUGGUUAGGAAAGAGAGAAGUCUUGCUACUCUCAUUAACCUCUUGGGAAAACCUUUGGAUGAUUAAAGGACAUUCAGUAAGUGCCUGAUAGUUAGAUCACCUACUGCGUUCCAGGUUGGAAAAAAAACAUCUUAAUGUAUGGCUUUGCUCUAGAAUAGGCAAAUGGUGCUCACUGUUAGGCAGCAGUAGUCCUUUGCUAAUAGUUUGAGAUGUGUGAUUGCACUCUUUUAGAAUCACAACUAUAAAUGCUCUAUGCAUUUCAUGGUGUGGAAUAUAAAUAUCUUAUUGUUUAUUAAAUCACUCAUUCAUCAGUCAAUGUGGAUAUGCUAUAAUGCCUAUUGAACUAGCAAUGGCAGAUAGAAUAUUUGUAUUAAGGUAUUUGUGUUUAGGAUGGUAGCAGAUACAGAAUAAAUUACUGGCAACCACAGACCAUGCUGUUCAUCAGGGCAUUGGCCAUGACAACCAUUCAAUAAAGUUACAAGAAACAUUUCAAAUGAUGUGCAUGACAUAAAUUACAAUAGAAGUGACAUAAAUUAUGUCAUAUGCAUCACUUAAAUUCAUGUCCAUGUGUUAUGGCUAGUUCUUGGCUUUAAUUUGGGAAUGCCAAAUAAAUGAGGAACAAGCUGAAACUAUGACAAAAUAAAACAGAACAUGGUUAAAUAGAGUACAUUAAAAAGCAUGCCCUUGAUAAAGUGGAAACUCACAAGAUAGAGAUGUUAAAAAAUAAUCCAGUGUGCCUACCUCCCCCCCCAACCCCCUGAAAUACAGGGGCCAAAAACUCCUCCCAACACUCCGUUUAGUGAGUGAUAAUGUGAUAGAAGGAAAGACAGGAACUCCAGCGGGUAAACUGUAGAAAAGGGGCCUUUAGAAAGAGAUGCGUAGGACCACUUGAUUUUGCUUUUAUUUAUUUCAUUAUUAUCAUUAUUAUUGCCAUUUAUAAAGCGCCAACAGAUUCCGUAGCACUUUAAAAUAUUAUGAGAGGGGGGAUUUAACUAUAAAUAGGACAAUUACAAGAAAACUUACAGGAACGAUAGGGUGAAGAGGACCCUGCUCAAAGAGCUUACAGUCCAUAGGAGGUGGGGUAUAAGACACGUUAGGACAGGAAAUAUCAGUCAAAUAAGGUGGGAGUGAAGCAGAGCUGGAGGAGAGAGUAAAGUGCUGCCCUUUAGGAGACAGCUAUGUGAGGUAGAUGUUCUCGUACGCGAGAAGUCCUGCAAGCGUGAGUUGGCCGUACGGGUGUGAGCAGCAGACAAGAGAAGGUCAGAGCAGAGAGACCGAGAAGGGGCAUACCUAUGGAUCUGUGAAGAGUUAUAUGAGGGGCUAGAAGUGUUCAGUGCUUUAUAGGUAUGAGUUAUCACUUUGAAUUGACUCCUAUAGGAUAGAGGAAGCCAAUGUAAGGACUGACAGAGGGGUGAGGUGUGAGAGGACCGACUAGAGAGGCAGUAGAGGCGGCAGCAUUCAUUACAGACUGUAGGGGCGCAUUACGGCUUUUGGGAAGACCAAUUAGGAGAGGGUUACAAUAAUCCAUGCAGGAAAUUACUAGAGCAUGAACAAGCUCCUUGGUAGCAUCUUGCAUAAGAAAGGCGUGGGUGCGGGCUAUGUUUUUAAGAUGGAAUCUACAGGACUUGGCAACAUACUGGAUGCGAGGCUCAAAGGUGAGGCCAGAAUCAAGUAUGACGCCAAGACAGCGUGCUUGCAAGGAUGGCCUUAUGUGGAUAGCACUAAUUUUAAGGGAGAGUGAAAGAGGAGGAUCAGUAUUAGGAGGAGGAAAGACGAGGAGCUCAGUUUUUUUUCCUAAAGCAACUUUUCUACCACUUUUGUGUAACACCAUAUUUUGGAGGAGUCACCCUGGAUGCUUUUUUAUAACCUCUCUAUCUUGUGAGUUUCCACUUUAUCAAGUGCCUGCUUUUUAAAUUUACUGUAUUACAUUAUGUUAGGUUUUAUUUUGUCAUAGGUUUAGCUAGUUCCCCAUAUAUUUAGUAGAUUGCAUUUUAAUAGAGAAAGAUUUACUGGGGAAACUCCUUGGGGAAGCUGCUAUUCUCUCUCACACCCGCUAACUACUAAAACAUUUGUUUGGUGUUGGGAAUUUUUUUUGGGGGGGGGGGGGAUGUUCAGCAAAUUGGACCCCAUUUGCAUUUUUAAUACAUAUUAUAGUAAUAAAAAAUUAUUUCAAUUUAAUAAUGAAAAUAGUCCAACACGAAUACCAACAAUUGGAGAAAGGGAUGUUUUGUAUCGUGUCUCCAACUACGCACAUCUGCCUAGUACCCAUAAAAAGUAAAUCUAUUUAGAAAAAAUAGGGAAAAAAAGCUGAAUGCUGGCUGGGCCCUAAUAAGGACCAUGGAAGUUUGGGUUAGUACAAUUGAAAGGUCCAAAGCUAAAAAGUUAAACAUUAUCUUUCAUACCAUUUUAGGGAAAAAAAGGAAUGCCAGAGACCACUUUUAAGUCAAUUUGUAUUUAGACUUAAUGUUUAAGUAACUAAUGGUUCAGUGGUAUUUUUUUUAUAUAUAUUAAUGACCAACUGUACACAACUACAGCAAAACUGUAAUCUGAUUAUUUUGAUCAUAACAAUGCACAAACAAAGUGCAAACAUGCUCAGUAAGUCUCCCAUAUAUUUCCACUUCCUGAUUUCUAAUUGGCACUGCAGCACAUGAAAAAAAAUCUGAGGUAAAUCUCUCUAAUUGAUAUUAAAGAAAAAUAUGUGCGAUAUUUCCACCCUGGAGCAUCCUUUUUCUUAGAUUCAAGCAAAUUUGUCAAGCCAUGUCCUAAGGCCAUGCACUGCAACUCGGGAGAGAUGCCGACUGUACCUUCCCCAUGGAACACACAGUCACUGAGGAUGGGUGCCACCUGCACUGACUCCCUAUGAGGAGAGGUGCCAACCAAACCCUCUCCCUGGUUCUCAAUCUGCUGCUGCUGGUGAAGGAUGCCACCUGCACCAGCUCAAAAGGUCAUCAUUCACAGUCCAUGGGGAGAUAUGUUGAUUGCACCUCCUCACACUGGAAUUCACAUUGUCACUGGGGAGGAAUGCCACCUAAAAUGACUCCCAGAUGCACCCAUUGCAGCUGGGGAGAGGUGACAAACACAUCCUCUCCAUGUAUCAAACUGUGCUGCUGGAGAGAGUUAUCACCUGUGGUUUCUGUAACCCAUUCUGCCGCCACUCAUAUUCCAUCGACCUCAAUCUGGUGCUGGGGAGGAGUGAAAUCUUCACCAACUCCAUGAAGGUCACAUUGAUGUGGGAAACAAAGGGCACCAGGAUUUUCUCCCAGUGACAAUGCUUUUGCUGCAAGAAGAGUAUUGAACUCCCACUCACCUACCCAUAGCCUCCAGUUUGUCUGGUAUUCCAAUGUGAAAUAUAAAAUAAAUCAGCACCUGGUCAAAAAAACAAACAACCAAUAUUCCAUAUUUGCUAGGAAUGUCAUUCUGGUGUCUCUUCACAGUGAAUCGCUAAAGGAGCUUUAUGUCAUAGAAGAUAACAAUUGAAUGCUUGUGGGCUGCACUGUACAUACUAAAGCCUAGCUGGCAAGCAUACAAGCAUGGCCUACUCCAGGGGUAGGCAACCUUUAGCACCCCAGAUGUUGUUGACUACAUCUCCCCUGAUGCUAUACCAGUAUUAUGGCUAUAAGAGCAUUAUGGGGGAUGUAGUCCACAGCACCUGUAGAGCUUAACAUUGGCUACCCCUGCCCUUUUUUGUUAAAUUCUAUGCCUUGCCAAACCAACUCACUGACACAGCUUUAGUAAACACAUUUCUCUCCACAACAGAGAGUCCUACAAAUAGAAAACAUUUGUUGUAUUUUUUUUUUACUAGCAAAUGGACUUGCAGUGUGUAUAAACAACAUAUCAUUGUUUAUAAAGUGCUAUCAUGCCAAGUUUUGCAUGACAGGUGUGAGGGGCAUCUUUAAUAUUGAUUGGACCCUGGGCAAGCACUUGCUUAGACUCCCUGAACCCUGCCCCCUCCCCCCCUCCACUCCCUGGCAUGCAAUCACACCCUCUGCCUCAACCCAGUGGCAGAAGUAAUGUAGAAAGGAUCCUGGUGCAAGAAAACUAUUUGGGUCCCUCCCUCUAGCACAAGAGGGGUGCAAAUGUAGAACCCAUCUGUCGUUCAACUCCCACAAUGCUAUGCCAACAGGGGAUCUAUCAUUUGGCCAUCCUUGCAGGGUUGUAUUUGUGAGCAGUGUUUGAAUGUAAGCAUGUUUUUGUAUAGAGCAUAUGUGUGCAUGUAUGAGUGUAUUUGUAUGUACUGUUCCCAUUGAAAUGCUGUGAUGUACUUGUGUGUAGUGUUUGCGUUUGAUACAGGGGUGUGUUUGGAUGUAGUAUUGUCUUUUAAAUGUGGUUGUACAUUUGUGUGUAGUAAUGGUGUUUGAGCGAAUGGGUCUGUUUGUAUAUGGUUUUUGAGUUUGAAUUAAGGGUUGUGUUUGUAUGUAAUGUUUGUGUUUGCAGGGGUACGUUUGCAUGUUGUGUUUGAUUGUUGGGUUGUGUGCACAUACAUACUUACACAGAUAUACAUACAGAUUAUCACACAUAUAUACACAUAUAAGCACAAUGACACAUGCACACACCUUAACACACAAAUACACUCUGGCACACAGAUACACACACAAACACAUGCACACACACUGGCAUACACACACAGGCAUAUACACACACUGGCAACAAUACACACACUCAGAUACACAUACAGGCAUAUACACACACUCAGAUACACACUGCCACACACAUUCAGGUACACACUGACACACAGAUGAACACACUGCCACAGAGAUACACUCACUGACAUAUGCACAAGCAUGCAUCAUAAUUUUUAUAUUUGCAGUCACCCUCCUGUUGGCUUACCUUUUGCCUGCAGGAGGGUGACUUGCUUGGGGUUCUGCUAGUUGAGGCUGAUGUGUGAGGAGUCUGCAGUAGCUCACUCCGUUCUGUCACUUCCAGCUGGAUCCCGUUAGUGUAUCAGUUUGUGUUGCUCAGCAGUCACCUCUCCAAUUUUGGAAGCCCUCCUUAGGAAAUGCAGUGGUAAAGGGCAUCCAGUGUGCCUUUGUGUAUGUGGGAUCUGUCACAAAGGUGAAGUCUCCAAUCUCUGGAAGAUACUUGUCUUCAAGUUUUGCAGCAAGGAACAUGGCUGUCACCCCCUAGAAGCUGCAGCUGGCUUAUAGGAACAGAGUGAAUUCCAACAGUCAUAAACAAUCUCCUGCAGAAAGCAAAAUUUCAUCUGAGCCUGAACCAUCCAGUCGAUCAGCAAACUCCACAUUCGCUGUGCCUAACCAUAUGGUGCAAUCACUCAGACCUUCUUACUCGGCUGCCAGCACACCUGCUUUGCCUCCUGUGUGGUGCUCUCCGUAUGAAGUUGGGAGGAAGUGACCGUUUGUCACUUCCUCCCAGCCUGCUUAUACCCCUGUUCAGUGAUACCCAACAGAUUGCCCUAGAUGCAUGGGUCACCCAAUGGGCCCCUCCAAUGAUCCUAAAAGAAAAAAAUUGUUGCGGGCAGCAGGCCAAUGGGGCAGCUGCUUUAGGCCCCCCAAGAGUAACUGGGCCCAGGGCAGGUGCCCUGACAGGGGUAUUUCAAAGUUGUGUUAGGGAUAUAAACCUGCUGUUAUAGAUUACAGCCACAGAUGCAGACUUAGAAUAUUAAAAAAUCUUCAUCUUGUGAGAAUAUUUUUCUGGCAGUCUGCAUUAAAUGACAUAUUCAGUUUUGCUUCUUGAAUAUUGUAGAAAGCCUGGGACCUUUCCAAAUGACCAUCAGACCCGUGCUAUUUAUAUGGCCCUCAAGAGAUAACUGUCUUGUCCUAAAACGACUAAGGAAAUGACAGGCUGUUUUUAAGAUCAUAGGAAGUUUCAUGCCAGCUCCAAGGAAAACGAGAAAGUAGAUAAGUAUUUCAUGAAUUUUUUUAAAUUAAAUAAAGAAGUAGGGCAUAAGAGAAGAUGAGAAAAGAAACAACAUAAAGGCUAAACAUAAGGGAAUAACUGAAUGCUACCAAAAGAAGGGCAGAUUCUCAGGUACAUCUCUAUGUUCUCUUACUGAACUAUUGUCACUCUAGAUGUUAUAUAAAGUGCUUUUCAAGCUCAGUAGCAAAACGGAUUAAAUAUUACUGAAUUAAACCAUAACAGAAAUAAUAAAACGGCAACAGCUGUUAAACUAUGGGGGUUAGUCUUUCUUUAAUUUCAUACUGUCUGUUGCACCAACAUGCAUAAAGUAAUAAUAAGCAAUGCAGCAAAUUAAAAUUCAAGCAAAAUUAAUGUGUAGCCAAUUAUACCCAAUUUAGACUGUCACCAAUUAUUGGGCAGAGAACAUUGCAAUAUUUAUUAAAAUUAUAAUCAUACGUAUUGUGGACCCAAGCUCACACAGGCACACCAAGUCGAGGAUUCAUUUGUCAACGGUGGGGUACUUAUUUUGGGUCUGAUUAAAGGAAUAGCACCACUCCUAUAAUAUUGCAUCACUUGACUUUUUUUAAUAUAUAUUUUACAAGCAAGUAAACACUUCUAAACAAAUAUACAAACCAAACUAAACAAAGGGUCAAUCUAUAUAGAAUACAAUACAAGAAAGUGUGAUCGGCAUUUCUCCCCAGCUGCAGGGUGUACUUGCAGGAACCAAUGUGGAUAGCACCUUAUCCCAGCAUCAGAACAAAGCAACAGUACAUUCCCCCAACAGAAGUGGGGGCUUCAAGAUGCCCCCCUCACUGAUGUCCCUUUGUAACGCCCCAAGAGGAACUGAGAUAGAGAAAGUGGAGGAAUGGUUUGCAGCAUGUAUGUUGACCUACUCUAGCACUGACCUGGUCACUGGUUUUAGGUUAAUUUACCAUUAGGGAUGGAGUAAUGUAACAGAACCUUGCAGAGAGGCUCACAGACUAGCAUCUUACCCAGAGACUAUGGACCCCUUGUGAUGAAAAUCCCCUCCAGCCCUGCAAGGUUAAGCCAAAUGGAUUCCAAUGACUUUAAUGCAGUGCUAUCUAUUAGUUAAAGCUGUCCUAUGUACAAAGACUCUACAAUGCAGAUAUUGUAAUAUUCAGGCAGAAUGCACUUGGAAUCUGGAUUUUAUAUGUUUCUCCCAAUUUCUCCCCUAUGGAGCAGAUACACAUUUUAUUGUAUUUCAUUGUUGCCUGUAUGUUUGUGUUUUAUAAAACCAUUUUGAAUCAUUCACAGUAAGUUAAAAAUAGCUUUGUUAAAGGGACACUCCAGAACCCUAAAACAUUUGCUUGCUGAAAAGCUUUAUGUGUGAAGAAUCUGUCCACAUUUUUGUGACAGCAGAUACUUGCACACAAUAUCAGAAUUUGUGAAUGCACACAAGCUUUUCUUUACCUGCACAGUUUUUGGUCACUUAAGUUUUACUUCUAGGCACAGAUAACUUAAAGAUGGCUGACCCACAGAACAAGGUAAAGCCUGGAGAUGCACUAAUAACAGGCAUUUACUAAUACACAUACAUUAAAAAUUAAUAUACACAGGGGGGCGUGGCCAGCAGAGCACCUAACCAGAUAUCUACCACCGGGGCUCCGAUGCGACCCCGUAAUAAACCAACCCCAGCAAAAAAAAUCUCACAUCUGAAACCACACUAUUCACAGCCCCCAGCAGAUGAAACAAUGGGGCGCAAAAAUAGAAAGCAGAACCGCUACGGAAAACUUUCGCUUUCCGGACAUCAGACUCUCCUUUGAGAGGCCCACGCCACCAGCGCUGCCUAAGAUGGCGCCUGAGGCCCAGAUCGACCUGGAAGCCUCGGAGGACUCCCACGAGGAGGAGGAAUCACUUACCUCUCCUCGAGCCAGUGGAGGGUAUCAGUCCCCUGAGUCGGAUGAAGACUCCACUCCGUCUACCAAAGGAAACAUCAAGAGACUCCUGACCGACCUGAGAGAGGUCUGGAAGGCCGACCUGCGUGAGACCCAGGCUGAAAUUGGUGUGAUCCACCAGAAGAUCACAGCGGUGAAGGCUAGGGAGACAGCCAGAGACAGUAAGCUACAGGCAGCACACAGCCAAAUCAUAGGGCUCACCCAGCAAGUCCACUAGCUAAGCCGUGCAGUGGCUACACUGGAGGCCCGCCACAGACGCCGGAAUGUCAGCCUACCAGGAAUCCCAGAGACUGUGGAGGGGGAGGCGCUGCUGCCCUUCGUCCGGAGACUGACCACCUCCAUGGGAAUAAAAGGGUUCGAUGAUCCCCCGCAGAUAACGUUCCGGAUAAGCAAAUCAGCCACAGUGCCAGCCGGAGCUCCUAGGGACACCAUCAGAGUCACGAGGGACGAGGCAGUGAGAACUGCAAUUCUGAACCACUCCAGGACCUUGGGGACUGUCACCUACGACAGCUGAAUGCCGCACACGAACAUUAGACCUCCCCAUAGGAAGGCAUUGAAAAAUGCUUUCAAUGCUUCCUUAUGGGGAUUUUAGCGACGCUGGAGGUCCUCACAUAGCAUGAAGAUGUCCAGCGACGCUAUAGCACAGAAAAUCUGUGCUAUGAACCAGGAAGUGCUAUGAACCAGAUAGCCACUAGAGGAGGAGUUAACCCUGCAAGGUAAAAAUUGCAGUUUAUGAAAACUGCAAUAUUUACAGUUGCAGGGUUAAGGGUAGUGGAGGUUGGCACCCAGACCACUCCAAUGGGCAGAAGUGGUCUGGGUGCCUGGAAUGUCCCUUUAAGUUGCUCAAAUGCCGGACGCAUAAACCAAAGCUCCAACUGCCAUAAAUAUCCAAAAAUGAAAGGCUGCUCACCGGUCUUAAAAAAAAUGAAAAUGUAUUUGAAAAUGUAAAAAAUAAUUCAAAUGUGAAGAAUGCAGAGGUAAAUAAUUUCCUGAGCUAAGCCCCGACGCGUGUUUAGACAGGCAGGCUCUUAAGGGGGAAUGCCUGUCGAAAAACGCGUCAGGGCUUAGCUCAAGAAAUUAUUUACCUCAGCAUUCUUCACAUUUGAAUCCUUCAUCUCUCAUUACGAUAUUUAGCCGUACUUUCGGUACACAGAUAUUCCAACAUGUUUAUAACUCCUAAGAAGCCACAGGUUGACGGAGCCGUUAUCUAAUGAUAAAAUUAAUCCUGUUAGAAGCUGUCUUUAUUAUAGCAACCUUAAUCUUCUCAGACGAUAGGUGCCCACGAAGGCACAGCAUUACUUACUUUCUCGAUUCCACAGAAGUAUAAAUGACUUGGAUCCAUUUCAUGUUUCAAUUUAAAAUGCGCUGAGACACUAUGGCCUUCAAAACCUCUUUUUAUAUUGUAUAUAUGUUCGUACAGUCGUUUCUUCAAUUGUCUUUCAGUUCGUCCGAUAUACUGUAAUCCACACGUGCAGUAUAUCAAAUAGAUCACCCCCUUAGUAGUGCACGUAAAGUACCUCCCUGGACAUCUUAAGGAAGGGAGGACAUGACUGCUGGCAGGGAUAAGGGGUUGGGUCACAAGGGGAUACAUUGUUACACAUGGGGGGACAUUAAGAUGGGGAAAAAGGGGAGGGUACUCACCAGUUCCUGGGUGUAGUGUUGCUAGCUUCCCCUGGGACUGUCCAAAAAAAAAAAAAAAGAAUUUUCAAUUAUUACUAUUUUCAUUUGGAUUUUCUACUUACCUGACUUCCCCCUCAUCUGGCAUCGGGAGAAUGGCUUCAGCUGUGUCAAGGGAAGAUGUGGUAGCCUUACUGCAGGCGUACCUUGCCUCUCAUGGAUCCGGUGCUUUGGAGGAGGUGAUCGCUGGGGUGGAUAAUCGCCCGGCUCCUGCUGCAGCUUCAGGGACUUCUUCUAUCCCGUCGGAUGGCGGUAGGAGGACCAGGCGUUCCAGGCCUCCUACGCGCCUGUCCCCCAGUCCGGUGUCCAGACGUCGAGGUCGCCAGCGGGAACAGCGGAUUGGCACCGCCAGGUCUUCCCCGGUGCGGAGUGGAAGGAGACCGGCGGCGGCCAUCAUCGUUGGUGGACAAGAUGGCGGCUUGGCGGGAAGAUCUCGGAGCCCGCCGUCUCUUCCGGUCCCAACGGCGGGAAGAGAGAGGACGCCGGAAGUGAGUGGAAGCGUCGGCGUGCGUCAGGCCGCCGGACGUCAUCAUCGGGCGCAACCGGAAGUGACGCGCCCCGCCGGAUCACGGGACCCGGAAGUGACGCGCUCCGGCGGCGUCCCGAACCCGGAAAUGACACACAACGCAGAGGACGGUCGGCAGGAAGAAGAGGAGACCACAGGAGAGCCCAGACAGCCGGAGUCAACCCCCAUCACCCUGAGGCAGCCGGUUUCGGAACGGUUAACCUGGAGCACACCUCAGGUCCAGCUGCAGAUGUCCCUGGGAGCCCUUGGUCGGAUUCUGGUUCUGAAGAGGAGGAGGUUUCGGUGCCUGCAGUUCCCCAGUGGUCCGGUGAGUGGUUACAUGGCGCCGGCGUGCCAGGGACUGGGGCCCAAGAUCAGGCUAGUGAGUGCUUGCGCUUGCUUAGGACCCUAGUGGCCACUUUCCCUUCCCAUCUUACUGGGCUGGAUACUAGACAGGUUCAGGGACAGGGUCUCCCAGGGCUGGCUGAGGGUCAGCCGCAGGGAUGUUCUCAAACCCUUAGGGCUCAGCCUGCCGCAGGGGCUUUUCGUGCCGGUUCGGUGGGAUGUGAUCUUGCACCGUUAGGUUUGCAUGUCCCUAUGGACGUGCAAGAGAAGAUUUGGAGAGGUGAGUAUGUGGAUCUGCUGUCUUUGGUCUCUCCCGACAAGGAUUCAGUGGACAGACCACGCCGUGGGGAGGUACCCGAGGCGGAAAAAGGUAAGCAGAUACCCAGAACCUUUGGUAAUUGGUUGCAGGGGUUUAACAUAUUUGCCAGUAUCCUAGUGCGCCGGUUCCCAGAUAAGGCUCCGGCCCUGUUCGGGUACUUAGAUCUGAUUUGGGGGGACUACAAAAUUUAUGGCGGGCAAUGCUGGUAUCGCUAUGACCAGCAAUUCCGACAAAAGAUGGCGGUGUGCCCGGGUAUGGAUUUCGCCGUGCAGGAUGGCAGUCUCUGGCUGUUACUUAUGACUCCCAGUAGACCAUCCCCCUUUCCCGGGCCUGCCGGAGGUAACUCCGGCUCCUCAGCAGGGCAGAGGAAAGGUGUGUGUUGGCUCUUUAAUGAGAGCCACUGCCGCUGGUAUAGCUCCUGCAGGUUCCGCCAUGAGUGUGCACACUGCGGGGGAGCCCACCCCGCGGUGCGCUGCUUCCGUAAGGGGAAGCCAGUUUCGGGAAAGGGUCCCUCUCAAGAUGACGUACCUAGGGGAGAGGACGCCGGUGGACGCCCUAAGGAUGCUCCCGUGGCUCGCCCGGUAUCAUAGGGGUCGCGAUGCUCAGACAUUGUUUGAUGGUUUUCAGGUAGGUUUCUGGAUCCCCUUUGUUCCCUCUUCUUUCCCUCAGUUCGCGGACAAUCUCCGCUCGGUUAAGGGCAAAGAAGAUAUUUUACAGCAAAAAUUGCAGGUGGAGGUGCAGGCGGGUCGCAUGGCUGGCCCGUUUAGUGCGCCACCUUUUCCUAACCUGAGAGUCUCCCCUCUGGGAUUGGUUCCCAAAAAGGACCCAGGUUCCUUUCGUUUGAUCCAGCACCUAUCCUACCCGUCGGGUGAAUCGGUAAAUGAUGCCAUUGGCAAGGACAUCUGUCGCGUGCGAUAUGCAUCAUUUGAUAGGGCUUUGGAAUUAGUUCGUCGGGCCGGGCAAGGUGCUUUGUUGGCAAAAUCUGACAUAGCAUCGGCUUUCCGUCUGUUGCCAGUUCACCCCUCCUGUUUUCACUUGCUAGGCUGUUUUUUUCAGGGUUUUUUUUACUAUGACAUGUGUUUGCCCAUGGGUUGUUCUAUUUCUUGUUUUUAUUUUGAAAUGUUUUCCUGUUUUCUCGAAUGGGUAACGCUACAGGAGGCGGGUUUGGUGUCUGCUACUCACUACUUGGAUGACUUCCUUUUCGUUGGCCCUCCGGUUCGGGUGAGUGUGAGCGGCUUUUGCAAACGUUUCGGGCUGUCAUGGGAUAUUUCGGGGUCCCCGUUGCAGAGGCUAAGACGGUGGGCCCGGUUCGGGUUUUGUCGUUUUUGGGGAUUGAGAUCGACUCUGUCGGUAUGGUUUUUAGGCUGCCGGAAGAGAAGGUGUCAGUUCUCUUGCGGACGAUCGACCUGGUUCGAGGGGCGAGGAAGGUGCAGUUGCGGCAAAUGCAGGUGCUUCUGGGGCACUUGGCCUUCGCUUGCCGAGUUCUUCCAAUGGGACGUGCGUUCUGCAGGCGCCUCUCCUUGUCCACGGUAGGGGUUCGGGAGCCUUUUCAUUUUAUCCGAGUCACGCGGCGUCUGCGCGCGGACCUCCAAGUUUGGAGCUCCUUUUUGGAGCGCUACAAUGGACGCUCCUGCUGGUUGCUGGAGGCUGCGUCUAACUCGGAGUUGAACCUCUUCACGGACGCAUCCAGCUCCGUGGGUUUUGGGGCAUAUUUUCAGGGUAAGUGGUGCGCUGAGGUAUGGCCAGCUCGAUGGCGGGGUUUGGAUGUUAUGCGUAACCUGACGUUUUUGGAGUUGUUUCCCAUUGUUGUUUCUCUGGAGCUCUGGGGGGAGGCUUUGGCCAACAGGACUGUUGUUUUUCACACGGACAACAUGAGUGUUGUCCAUGUGAUAAACCGUUCCACCUCCAGUUCCCCUCCAGUUCUCGCGCUACUGCGACGGUUGGUACUUCUUUCCUUAAAGUUCAAUGUUUGGAUUAGAGCUUGUCAUGUCCCGGGUGUUGACAACGUGGUAGCUGACUCUCUUUCUCGGUUUCAGUGGGACCGUUUUCGGGAGUCGGCGCCAGCCGCGGAGGCUGUGGGUAUCCGAUGUCCGGUUUCCUUAUGGGAGAUCGAUUUGGAGGAUUGAGGAGCUUGGUGUCGGACUCCUUAGCUGACUCUACCUGGAAGGCAUAUCAAGCCGUCUGGCGGACGUGGCUGUCCUCGUUUUCGCAGGACCUGAUGCUGGGGUCGGAGUCCGGGCGCUUGGAGGCGACUCUGCUACUGUUGGAGUCCAUGUUUGCGCAGGGUAAGUCUUGUUCUGCGGCCGAGAAGGCUUUGAGCGCCCUAUCCUUUCUUUGUCGGUCUAUGGGUUGGCAAGACGUUUCUCGGUGGUUCGGUAUACAGCGGGUUAUUCGGGGUUGGAGACUUAGAAGGGCCCCGGACCGCCGCCUCCCGGUGUCGGCUGACUUGCUGGGACGGAUCCUGGCGGCUAUGGGGGCGGUUUGUUUCUCAGACUAUGAAGCCUCAUUAUUUCGGAUUGCAUUUGCUUUUUGUUUUUUUGGAGCUUUUAGGGUGGGCGAGUUGGUGGCACGCAACCGUUGGGCGGUGGGGCCGCUGCUCAUGGCGGAUAUCCGGUGGUCCGAGGACUGUGGAUUUUGCAUACGGCGUUCCAAGACAGACCAGGUAGGUAGGGGUUCAUGGGUGCGUAUCGGUGCCACGAGAGGCAGGUUUUGUCCGGUCCGUCUUUUCUCAGAGUAUUUGCAGAUUCGGCCGAUGUGGUGCCUCUCCUUUCUGGUUCAUAGGGAUGGGUCCCCCCUUACACGUUAUCAGUUCUCAGCUAGGUUCCGUGCUGCCUUGGUUGCAUGCGGGGUGAAUCCUCGCCAUUAUUCUACUCAUUCUUUUCGGAUAGGGGCGGCCACCCAGGCUAGUUUGUGGGGUUUCUCGGACGCAGCGAUUCAGCGCUUGGGUAGAUGGGGUUCACGGCGCUACAGGUCCUAUGUCAGACCUCAUUUACUAUAAUGCAAUCUCUCCGUAGGUCCUCGGCCCCGCUGCAUUUGGAUACUGGGACAUUCCUACGUUUAUUGGGCUGCGCGGCGAGCUGAGGAGCGUCCAUACGGGAGGAAUUUGGGUUUUUCCUACGAGAUAGCCAGGGUAAGGUGGAGGGGUAUUAGGGGUAUGUUGUGGCAGCAGCUGUAUUCGGAGUGCGUAUCCCUUCGUAGGUACGUGUCGGGGCCAGUAACCCUAGUAAUUCAUGCAGGGGGAAAUGACCUGGGGCGCAGUAGGUCAGUGGACCUCCUGCAUGCGAUUAGACACGAUCUGGCUCGGUGUAUGGCUCUUUUCCCCGAGUUGACCCUGAUCUGGUCGGACAUAGUGUCCAGGCCGCGUUGGCGUUCGCUGCCGCAUGCUAAGGGCGUGGAGCGUAGUAGGCGCAGGCUCAACGUGGCCAUCGGAAAAUUUGUCCGCCGGAUUGGUGGUUUUGUCAUUAGGCACAGGGAGCUGGAAGGGGACAAUUCCGACUUGAUGCGGAAGGAUGGGGUGCACCUUUCCCUCAUAGGAUUGGAUAUCCUGAAUGCGGGUCUUCAGGCAGGUAUUGAGGAGGCGCUGGCUGCGGGGGGGCGCGGUCCCUCCCAGGGGAGUAGGUAGGGAGGAACCGCGGUGGCGGUAGUCCUGGCCAGCGAAGAGGUUUGGAAGAAAGUGCCCAAGCGGCUUGGGGAGUCGCAGCCUGCUGAGAGCUGAUGGCGGGGGCAGGCUGCAUUGGACUCGUGGGUCUUUUGAUAGAGCUGUCUGUUGGUAAUCCCCCAACAGCUGACAGGUUGUGGACGCUGGUGAUAAUCGAUGUUAAUUCUGUUAAUAAAGCUGUGGCCGUUGCCCUUACCCAUACAGAAGGUGUUGUGUAUUUAUUGGGCAACGGGUGGUGGGAGUUUUGGUCUGGGGUCAGCAGUCAAGUACCUCCCUGGACAUCUUAAGGAAGGGAGGACAUGACUGCUGGCAGGGAUAAGGGGUUGGGUCACAAGGGGAUACAUUGUUACACAUGGGGGGACAUUAAGAUGGGGAAAAAGGGGAGGGUACUCACCAGUUCCUGGGCAGAGGUGUAGUGUUGCUAGCUUCCCGCCCACCCACCCACAAAACGUGUGUUAUGAUGGUGUUGUUGUUGGUUGUGUGCUGUUGUUUCUUUGUUUUGUCACAGCUCGCGGUAGUCCUGGCCAGCGAAGAGGUUUGGAAGAAAGUGCCCAAGCGGCUUGGGGAGUCGCAGCCUGCUGAGAGCUGAUGGCGGGGGCAGGCUGCAUUGGACUCGUGGGUCAUUUGAUAGAGCUGUCUGUUGGUAAUCCCCAACAGCUGACAGGUUGUGGACGCUGGUGAUAAUCGAUGUUAAUUCUGUUAAUAAAGCUGUGGCCGUUGCCCUUACCCAUACAGAAGGUGUUGUGUAUUUAUUGGGCAACGGGUGGUGGGAGUUUUGGUCUGGGGUCAGCAGUCAUGACAUUAUGGAUUUUAUACUCUUCUCCAGUAUGGUAUGAUGUACAUUUGGUGCUUUUUUAUUUGUUUUUGCACAAGUCCGACAUGCACUACAUGAUCCGAAUUUAUAGAAUUAAUUGCCUAAUUUUUUUAUUUUUUUUGGUAAUUCGUUCGGAGCUAACAUCGACUUCAAAUUGUUGCUAAAUGUAUGUUUUUAAUGUAAAUUUGUCUCAUUGUUUUACAAAGUACUCCUAAUUUUCUCUUGUGUUUGCCGUUAGGGGUUAAUUUGUUCAGUUACAUCAUUCCAAAUGAUAUGCAUCUGUCAUAGAUUGCAGAUAAGUGAGAUAUUAUUUAACAGAGAUCGACGUUCGGCACAAAUAUACUUUGAGAAAGCCCACCCAGGGUGAUACGCAUAAGUCACUUUGUGACGACAUUCCUGGCGUUCAGGGGAGAGAUCAAGCAGCGACAUCGAUGGACGGUGAACUGAUCACGAUCUUAGCAAUUAACCUACGAACUGUAAGCCAGUCAUAUAGAUUUUAUUGUUUAUUUUAUGGAAGCUAAUAAAGUGUGGUAACUAUUUAACCACUGAAAGCUCAUUAUUUGCUUAUACUGUGAAUACACUGUGGGACCAGUUCAAGUCCCCGCAUCAGGUGAGCAGGGUACAUAGGGGGAGUGCUAUUAACCCCUUCUCACACAGUGCUGUACUAUUGGAAGUUCUAUGUGUUUCAUUCCUUAGACAUGAAUCUGGAUCAGACACAGACUCAGUGAAAAUAUACCAAUUAGGACGGAACAUAGACCAAUAUAAGAAUAUUCAACUAGGUGAGAACUCCACAUAGGGUGUAUAAGGUGGAGGUUUCUCACCUGAUGUUAUUAUACCAUUUUAGUUCUAAUCUCUCUAGGUUACCCACCUAUGUUGUAACCCUUGGAGUCCUGGAGGAUUUAGAAGGGGCUACUUUAUUUCAGUGUACACUGUAAGAACUUGGAAGCUUUAGGUUUUGUUGGUCUAUAAAUUGCAAAAUCUAGGCUUCAAAGCUGUUCUGGAAAAAAAAUCUCCAACUUUGCAAUAGUCACAGAUUGUAGCCUGCAUUUUGAAAAUUAAAUUUCAAUGUGUUACAAUUUGGAAUUCAUGGAUAACGUUGACAAAGUUAUCAGUACUUUUGUAAUUCAGUGUUAUUAAAAUGCACAGGUAAUACAAUCUAGUAGAUUUCUCAUAGACACAUACUGUAUGCUAAAAUAUGAAAUUAGUUUGUAAUGCUUUUAAUAAUCAGUUUGUAAGAGAGUCAAUAGUUUAGUUUUUUAUGUGACUGAUGUGGGGAGAGAAAAGGGGUAUUAAUACUUAAGAGUGGAAAGUGGAGAUCAAGAUACCCCAGACACUGCCACUCAAUUUAAAGUUUACAUUUAAAAGAUGCUAACAAAUGCACAGCUAUAUAUUCCUGUAUUUACUGUACGUUAGCUAAUAGAUCUUUGCCACAUCCUAGAGGUAAAAACCCUAUGUAUUGCAUUCUCACAGUAUAUUCUUAUGAAUUUGCGUGCAUACCCUACCACAAUCAAGAAUACCUUUUACAUAGAAUUUUGACCACAGAUAAAAGUCAAAUGGCCCACUCCAUCUGUCCGCUUCGCAUCUAAAAGCAGAUGCUUUAUAUUUUUAUUGUUUUUCUGCCUCUUGACAGCUGUGUGUUUAUUUCAGGUAUAACCUGAGUUCCUUCACUCUAUUAGUCUCUACUACUGCUGCUGGAUCAGGUAUUUAAUUCAUUUGCAACUUCUUCUAGAAAGUAUUUCCAAAAUUUACAUUCUGACAACUUUGACCUAACUUAAACUAAACUAACUCUUUUACAGAAAAUGUAGUUUUUUUGUGCUUUGUUAAAGCCUAUUUUUUUGCUAUCACUUUACAGAUUAAAUUGGAGUAUCCCCCUAUACAGGAUAUGAUUAUUCACAUAUUUUACAAUUGGCUAACGUCUGCUUUCAUAUGGAUCCUGUCUAGAAUCCUAAAGAUGGAAUUCUGGGAUCUGUGCUGUAUGUCAAUUACCCAAGUUCUUCUAUGUUGAAAGUCCAGAUUAAUCUUAUAAUGCAAGAUCGCACAAUGCCAAAGACAAAUGUUUGGAUAGUUACAGAAAUAACAUGAAAUAUGAAACACAUAUUAGAUAUAUAUUGACUUCUGUGUUGUUUGGAAAUGAGAAUACCUAUAUAAGGCAAUAGUACAAUAUGUACAUUAAAUAGAACAAAUAUAGAAUAAGCAAUAUCGUUGAUUAUCUGAACAGGAAAACCUCAAUGGUUUUACUUAGAUUUCUAGCAAUUGAGAUGAAAGCAUUCCGUUUCUAACAAAUCAUAUUUUUAUUCAUAGCUAAUGUGAGAAGUGAUGGGGCGGUUUGUUCCCUAAUCGGGUGCCAUAAAAAGAAGGAUAAUAGGUAAGCAACGGGUCACAAGGUUUACUCAAUAUCCUUGGUUAGUGAACCAUAUCAAGUUAUAAACUAUUAUGUUACCUGCAAAGCAAUGACACUGUACUGUGGUAGGUGCAGAAUGGGUCAUAUGUCUGAUUAUUUAAAUAACCACACUUCAAUUUUAGCCUUGUGCACAUCACAGCAGCAGCAUAAUUUCUAAUCCAACUGCUCUGUGCUUUAGAUUUAUGUCAAAUCAAUUUACCCUGAACAUUUGGAGCAUGGUCAAAAGGACCAAAAAUAUUAAAUGCUGGAUUUCUAAAAUGUACAAUAUGUUUAGCAUUGCUCUAUAUAUUGGUAUCAUUAAUCCCUUAAGGAAACAGCUUCAGAAUAUGGACUUACCUUUAAGGACACAAUAAUUUUUUGCUGUUUGUGUUAAACUGCAAUUUGCAUCUCUCUCAUUUAUUGCACCAUCACACAUUAUACACAGUUUUUUAGAGGGCAAAGGGGGCUUUAGUUUGAUGUCACAUUUACAUAUAUAAAUAAAAUAUGAAGGGGAAGAAAACAUUUAACACAGACACAGCAAAAACUGGAUAGAGGUGUUCUGUGACAAGAAUAUACAGGGUCGCACACUUGAGACCUUCAAGCCAAGAUGGUCACCGUGACAACUCAUGGGAGUUGGGCCCUCCACGAGGAGCACGUUGAGUGGAUCUUUCUUCAGUUCUGAGAACAGCACUGGGUCAGAGUCACUGACAAAACAGAGAGGCAAAUUGCAACAGCAUUACCUCGACAGCGCACUGCAAGACAAGCUUUUAGCUUCCCACUGGCAUGACUCAGCACUGCCAAGAGGCUACAAGCGAAGAAACAGAGUAGAAGGGAAAGGCGCUCUAAGACUUACUGUCACUCACCGGAGCCUUGUCACAUGAGGGAAAGCCCCCCCAGACAUAACUCACACCCUCGAGUGCCGUUAAGGCGCAGGGCCAGAGAACAAAAGCACUGGGGAGACACCAAAGCCACACACAUCCAGCCAACCCAGCAAUGGGUGUAUGCCCCAACACUUCGGCUCAAACCUACUCUACCCCGAGGGACUUGUAGAGGAGGCACCGCGGCAUACGCAUAAGCUCUUGUGCCACCGCAUCGACACCCUGUUAUACCCCUAAACGGCAUCGGUUGACAAGGGACUGGGCUUCUUGCUGGCCGGAAUUAACCUUCUCCUAAUACCCUUACAAUGCUUGAUUUUUGAAUAUCCUUAUCGCUACCACUAAAAUGUCAAACAUAAGUUGCUAACAGUUUAUUUUAAAUUUCUGGUUCACUACCGGUAGAUAGCAAGGUUGUGCUUGUAGUACUCUGAAGCCUGAUAGUUCCUACAAGUUCUCUGUCUCAGUCAUACUUAUGGAGUUCGAGCACUCUUCUGUACCCUGCUUUGACACAUAACUACUAACUACGCUACUAUUAUAAACACAAAAAAUAGUGCAGCUCAUUGCCAUGCCACACCUUAUAAUGCAACAUAUAUCGUUUUUCUAAAAUAAUGCUAAAUAUUUUCUGUCAGCAUCAUAAAUAACAAGAUGAACUAUCAACGUUCAUACGUUUUAACCCCUUCCCAGCAUGGCGGGGAAACUGUUAACGUUGAAUGACUGACCGGGUCCAUCAUCGCGGGGUUAACGCUCCUCCGGUCUGCCUCUGUAUUAGAGGCAGAUCGGGAGCACCCGAGUGCGCUGCCCCUGCAGCAGUGAUCGCUCUGACAAGCUGUCAGAGCGAGCACAUGUGCUGCAGGGACUCACUAUCUGCCUCCCUGCUCUUCCGUGUUGUGUGUGAAGUGCAGGGAGACGGAUCAGUGAUGAUCUACGUCCCCUGUAAAAAAUAAAGUUAGUUUAAAAUCCCACCUCCCUUUACCUAUUUUAAAUAAAAAUUAACCCCUUCCCUGCCAAUUGAUCACUGACUACAGUGAUCAAUUGACAGGGACUAUAUUUUACUGUGAUUUGAUUUUUUUUUUUUAAACUUUAAAUUAAAAGCCAUUCCGUUUUUUUUUUCAAACUUUAAAUCUUUACGCUGUGCCCAUGUCCCAUUUUAAAGUUUGAAAAAAAACUGGAAUGGCUGUGUCUAAAAUGUGCCCCUCCGAUGUCCACAUAUACCUAGCAAAGGUACAUACGGGGCUAUUGCUGUACUCAGCCAACAUAGCUAAGAAACAUAUGGAGUAUUAUACAGUCGUAGCACACAUACAAUUUGCAAAAUAUACUGUGCAAACUCACUUUGUGUGUUAAAAAGGCAGAAAAAAUGCUCAUUACCACUACACUUGGUACAUGCUAGCGGAAAACAUUAUUCCACGCUAAGGUUCAAAAUAUGCCUUUUGAAAUACCCUGGGAUGUCUUCUUUAAGAAAUGGUAUGCCUUUAUGGUGUAGUUGUAAUAUGUAGCCUGUUCAAGUGCUCCAAAGUGGGACACAGACACAUCAAAACCCUCCAUGAAAAUUCACACUUAAAAACCUGAACUUGUCAUGUCUCUUUUACAGCACUGUAACUUCACAAAAUAGUGUCUAGGUCAUACAUUGAGCAUAUUGUUUUACUCAGAAGAUGUAACUGAGUAUAAUUUGGGGAUUUGUAUGACAGUGGCACAUAUUAAGUGUAAGAGAUACUCAGCAAAAAUGCAACAUAUAUGUAAAAAUACAAUCCCUCUCCCCCCCCCCCACAACAAAUAUUGACAUAAGUUGGUGAAACAAUGGUGACAAGUUAAGGCACAAUAUACACCAUAUAAGAUACCCUGGGGUGUCUGCUUUAUCAAAUGAAAGCCGUUUGUGGGGUUAUUUGAACAGUCAGAUUGCUAUAAUACCCUAAAAUGAGACAUAGGCCCGUCAAAUCCAUCUACUAAAAUUCUAACUAUAGAAACUACUGAAAUAGCCUUGUCUCUUAUAUGGCACUGUAGCUUUACAGAAAAGUGCCAAAGGCAUACAAUGGGGGUAUUGUUAUACUCCGCAGAUGUAGCUGAACACAAUAUGGGGUUCUGUGCAGGAAUAGCACACACCAGCUUUACGAAAUACACAUUAUAUUUGUAUAUGCCAAAAUAAAGAAAAAACUAUUUUUUAGUCCAAUAUUUAGCAGAGAUUGGCGAUGAAAUGGCUACGUAAAAAGUGUCAAACUAACCUUAGGUAAAUAGCCUGUGAUGUCUACUUUAUAUAAAUAUAUACUUUUGUAUGGCAAUUUUUGUUUUCUGUGAUGGCUACUAAACCUACAAGACAAACAUACCAAAUUCUAAAAUUGUUGCAAAUUGACAUUUUAUUUUAGUCCUUGUAUUUUGUGACCUGUAGCUUUCAAAAUAAACUGAAAUCCUAUAGAUAUGAUGUACUCUAUAAAUCAAGACACAUAAAUAAAUUUAUUUUGAAUUACUUUUUCUAAGCUGGACAUAUUAUGCACACACUAUUAUUGCCAAAACUGUGAAAUUCUUUUAUUUUAUUUUUUUUAUUUUUUUUAUUUUUUGGCAUUUUUAUAUCAUUAAUGAGAAUGUAUCUAUGUAUAUGUGACAUCAAAUUAAAGCCCUGUUUGCCCUCUAAAAAAUGAUAUAUAAUGUGUUGGUGCAAUAAAUGACAGAGAUGCAAAUUGCGUUUGAAUACAAACAGCAAAAAAAUGCAAAAAUGGCUUGUGUCCUUAAGUGUAAAACAAGCUUCUGAAGCUGUGUCCUUAAGGGGUUAAGUGAUCACAUUUAUUUUUUUCAGAAUAAUCUCAAUCCCAACAGAGGGCGCUCUACAGCAAUGUCCCAUUCAUGCAAGAGAAAUGUGCAAAACAUAUGUCUGUGUGUGUUUAUAUAUAGAGAGAGAGAGAGAUGUAUAUAUAUUAUAUACUAAUUAUGACACAAAUUACCAAAAAUAUCAGCUUAACAGCAACUGUGUAUAUAUAUAUAUAUAUAUAUAUAUAUACUCACACACAUUUGCUGUGGAGUUGGAAUUUGUCCUGAAGAGGUACAUUCAUAAUUAGUAUCCCCUUUGCUCGCUUUGCUCAUGGCUACUAUGGUUUUACUUUGCUCAUUCUUUGUUUUGUAAUAUUGUUAAUAGUAUUCCAUAAAUAUUUUAUAAUCCCUUGAUCAGCUGUUUUGUAAUGAUUAUAGCCAUUACAAUGACAUAAGCUUGGAAACACAGCAGCAUUACAAUAUGCGUUGACAGAAGGGUAAAAUCUUUAAGUCAUAAAAAAGGUGUUUGAUUUGGUUUAGUUUUUUUCGGAAAAUGAGAAAAUACGUCGCCAAAGGCUGUUCUGUAACUGUCCUUAAAUGGACACCCAAGACCCAUAAAGCACUUUAGCUUGCUGUAUGAAGAGUUUCUCCUCUUUUUUUUUUUUUUUCAUUUUGCAAAAAGUGCAGAUUUCAAUAAAAAUUGACACUUUUAUAAAUUAAAGGAUCACUAUAGGGUCAGAAACACAAACAUGUUUUCCUGACCUUAUAGUGCUGCAAACCCACCGUUUAGGUGGCUUGCCCCCCCUACGCCCCCCCCCCGUUAGUCCCCUUAUAAAAGAAAAAAAACUCACCUUAUUUCCAGCGCUGCGCAGGUCUGCCAGCGCUGGCUCCACCCCCUUUGUGAGAUCAUCAAAAUGGCAGAUUUUUAGCCAAUUCAAUGCUUUCCCAUAGGGAAAGCAUUGGACUGGCUAAAAUCUGCACGGGGAAUCAAUAUGUCUCUAUGAGUAAAAUUCAGCGUCUCCAUGCAAAACGUGGGGACGCUGAACAGCAGGGCUGCUUACUGUGCAGCCCUGAGCCAGGAAGCCCCUCCAGUGGCCAUCUAAGGUGUGGCCAAUUGGAGGUGUCCCUAGAGGCAAUGUAAACACUGCCUUUUCUCUAAAAAAAAGUCUGCAGUGUUUACAUGAAAAUGCCUGCAUAUAAUGAUUAUACUCUCCAGAACAACUUCAUUAACCCCUUAACCCCUUCAGGACGGAGUCAAUAGUACACGUUCUGAUCAAAACAAAACGUAAAUAAAAACUGGAAUUCGCGCUAUAUGUCUGUUCAACCGUUAUUCACCUCUUCCUUUCAUAUUAAAUGCACCCACACAUAUUAUAUAUAAUUUUGUUCAGGAGAAACAGGGCUUUCAUUUCAUAUCAAAUAUUUAGCUAUGAAACAUAAUUUAUUAUGAAUAAAAUUAAAAAAACUGUGAGAAAUUUUAAUUUUUUUUAAAAAUGUGUAGUUCCGUCUAACAUUUUAGCUGUAAAUGUCAUAAUACUUUUAGGGAUAUAUCUCCUAAACAGUGAUUUUUAUUAAUUUUGUAUUUGGAGUGUCCAUUUAAACCACAACUUCUAUCAAUUUAAAGUUGAAUAUAAGGUUAAGGAUAGUAAUACGUUCAGCAACAUUUUGACCAACUCUGCCUGACGAUUACUUUAUAGUUUUUAAAAUUCUAAACAAGUUGAAACAAAAGUAGGAUUGGGCAAACUUUUGGCCUGACUUAGGGAUACAUCACAUUGAAACUGGUCAUCUAGUCUAAAUUAAGUGGUACAGAACCGAUCUUGCAAGAUUAUCUCCAUUGUAUAAAUAUUUGGGUAGAUAUAAAAUUAAUAAUGAUAUAUGAUGAUAUAUGCUAUAAUUAUAUAUUCACUCUCUACUGCCCUAUGUUACUUUUGUAUAACAUGUUAUUUUUAAUUUUUUAAUUUUAUUAUUAUGUAUGAUUUUGUUAUUCACACGCCUUCCAACAUUUCAAAUGAACAAAAAAAGAGACACUUUAAUUGAGUGAAGGUGUGGCAAGGGACAGGCUGUUCUGAGAAAUUUUAGGUGACAUACUAAUAACAAUUUAUGCAACUAAAAUGUCAUUUAGAACAAGAACAAUGUAUCUUAUUUACACAGAUUGAGUUCUAAACACAUUUAUUAUCGUUUAAAGACACAUUACAGGGAGUAUUAUUGCUGUGGAGCCCUGCUAUGCACUUAGACACACCAAUAAUAUGAAGCUCCUAGAAAAGAGGGACAUUAGGAUAUAGAAAUAUAGAAUGUGACGGCAGAUAAGAACCAUUCGGCCCAUCUAGUCUGCCCAAUAUUUCUAAAUACUCUCAUUAGGUCUUAUCUUAUAGUUAGGAUAGCCUUAUGCCUAUCACACGUAUGAGCGGAAUUAGCAACAAUCUAAUCUGCUCCAUUUGGACUGACAAAUGUAUCUUAAAUUUCAAGUAUAAUCCAAUGGCUACACAAUGCAGUCGCUUUCUAGAAAACAAAAUAGCAUUUCUUAAAUUUGUAUGAACAAUGGAUAAAAAACAAAACAACCUAAUCUGAUGACAUUUGGCUCUACAAACUAGUGUCUUUCCCAACUACAUAAUUAAGUCAUAUAUCCUUUGUGGAGACAUCAAUUCUUCAAAGUUAGCAAUAAACACUAGGAAACAACACAUGUAUUUUGUCAGCUGAUACUUAACAACCAAUGUGCCUUUGAUAAAGUAAAGUAGCAUUUAAAUUGCUUUAAAAAGAAUCAUCAGCAGGAUACCUUUACUGGGUUUAAGGGACAUAGCCAGAGCCAGCUUACACUACCACCAGGGUUAUUCAGUAAAAGUGAAUAUUUCAACGAAGUGUGAAUUCAAAGUUAAUUUCAAAUUUUAAAAGAAGACCCCUAAGAACCAUAAACACUACAGUCCAUUUUAGUACAGUUUGAAAACUUACCUGUGUUACAACAAAUGCUGGCACUGCAUCAACCACAUCCAGUCUUUCCAGAUUGCUCUAUAGAGCAAAGCAUUGACAAUGCAAGACCAGUCUGAUUGGCUGGGAGCAUCAGCUGAGUGUGCUCAUGCAAUGUACUGCAUUGCCUUGCUUUACUCCUGAUGUGGCUGAUUAUUAUGAUUAUUUAUAUAGCGCCAACAAAUUCCGCAGCGCAAUUCAAUGGGUGGCGUAACAACAAAGGGGUUAAAGGCCCUGCUCAAUGAGCUUACAUGCUAGAGUGAGUGGGGUACAGUGACUCAAAAGGUAGCGGUAGAAAAAUAGGUUGGUUGGAUAGUAUUCACUGAAGACUUCGUGUUUUUUGUUUUUUGUUCUUUUAUGACUGAUGUGAUGUGGCUGCCCAAUAGAAUCCAGGUUAGUUGGCAAACCAUACAAAAAUAGUUAGACAUCUUACAUUGGAACAGUGCAUUCCUGGCAGCAUAAUCACUGCCGUGGGCUGUAGUGGUUAUAGUGCUUAGAGUGUUCCUUUAAGCUAAAACAGACAGAUUGACAAAAUUCUCCCCGUCAACUAUUAUUACAGUUCGACAAUUUUGGUCUUAAGUUUAAAUAACAUUUGAAAUUAACUUUGAUUUCCCUAUCAAUUUCCCUAUCAAUCACGCAAAAACAAAUGUUGAUUAUGAAGCAAAAAAAUGAUAUAAUCUACAGUCUGCAUAGAAUACUAAAUACUGAAAGGAAACCACAAUCCAUUUUUUUGCUGCAGGUACAGAAACAACAUGCAGCCAUAAGUCACAUUAUAUAUCAUUAGGGUCUGCAUAAAGGGAUUUUUAUUUUACAUCAAUCAUAUUAUAUUAAAUGAUAAAAUGACGUUGAACUUUAUUCAAACUCUGGAACUAAAUGUAGGGAGCAACAUGGAUAUCAUUAAAACAUUAAAACUAUCUUAAAUAGAACUUCAGGGGACACUGAAAGAAUCUGGACAACAACACAUUUACAAACCCAGUAGUUCCAAUAAUAAUUCAUAUGAGGUGAUUUUCCUCCAGCUGUCACUCUUGCAGUCAAUUUCCUACUCAUCUUCCCAAAGUAUCCCUUGUGAUACACUUUCUUGCUUGCUAUUUUAUUUCCUUUAUUACUUUUAUGGUCAUCUGUCCUAUAUAUGACAUCCAUCUUGUGAUUAAAAAUCAGGAUGCACUCCCUUCUUUUAAUCCAUCUCCUAAUCCACAUUAUUACUUUUCUCUUGUCUUUAUUUGGCAUCCAUUCACCUGUUGUGUCUGUCUUGUGUACUCUUGCUUCCCUUUUUGCACUCACGGUCACCACAUCCACUGGUUAGGUUCCUAUCUUCACGUUUAACUGCACAGAGUGUAAAAACUGAAACAUCUACACUGACAUCUCCCAGUAACUGGCCACAGCGAAUCAGCUAACCUUGUCUGGUCCUGUACACAAGGGUCUAAUAGUAAAGGAGUUAUGCAAUCAGGAACAUUCGCAAUAACCAACCAUGCAUAAUGUGAUUCCUACGAUUUGACUAUGUUCUCUAAUUUAAUUUGUAACAAUAUUUCAUGCCUAUCCCGGGGUAGGAAGGGGAAGGGUGACUAGCGUAUUCCUUAUGUUGACUGGAAGCUGUUGGAGAUGCUCUAAAAUGUCUACUGGCACGGUACUGCUGGAGUGAGACACGAAUGUGCAGGUCCUUUGCUUAUUCUGUGAGUUUAUGCUUUGUUUGUUAACCCCUGAUUUAGCCCUAAACUGAGUUACUGGGAUAUUUCUUAGAACACUGCAGUAUCUAAGGCUUAGCAGGCUGCAAGAUUAUGAUGAGGAUACACUGUGUACUCUGGAGGAGAUUAUAAAUGGCUGCACUGCUUUAUGAAAUAGUGGUCAGGACAUUCCUGGGUGGGUGUCAGUGGCAAUAGAGUUGAGAGUAUUAGGCACGUCAAGAUCCCCGUACGCAGGGAUAAAUGACAGUUGAAAAACAAAAUAUGGUCCAGACAAUCAUGGUUCACAGAAUAGGUAGAUAUAUUGGGAGGGUGUACAGCUGAUUGCUAUUUGAACCUUGAGUGCCGGGACAAUCUUUUGUCUUUCGUUUGAGGUUUGGCCUACCUCAAGUCCUGUUGCACCCUGGUUACCAAAGGAGUGCAGUGUCCCCCUGUUUCAUCUGCAUGGAUAAACUAUGUCACACCAUGGGACCCCAGCAGUCUCCAUCUGUCUAAACCACUGUGUGUAGGACCAUCCAAACAGAGAUCUGUGAGCUUUGUGCAAUAAAGGCCAUUGGGAAAAAGGAUGCUAGAUAUCUCAUGAUAAAUGCACAAUAAAGACAUUCACUCAGUAUGCAGUCAAUUAGAUUAUACACACAAGAUAAAAAGGUUAUCGUAGCUAAAGACAUUUUAAUAAUGCUCGACUUCACUAAAGGGAGAAAAAAGGAAGUUUCUUCAGAAAGGAGAAGUUUAAUACUUUGCAAUAUAGUUACCCAAAAGGAAGCAAAAAUACUAAUAAGAAAGUCUCAUAUCUAGAGAAAAUAUCAGAACACAGAAACCAUCAGUGCUGCAGGCUCCGAAUAAAAGGUGGGUUUCAUAAUAUGCAUGAAUGUCAAUCACUAGGAGAGAACGUGCCUUGAUGUCUAAAACGAUUUCCUUUUAAGAUUAACUUACAAUUGUUACACAGUGACACAUUCUUUUUAAUACAUAGAGUGCUUCCUAUUAAUAUCCUAUCUGACGACUAAUCAGUAGGUGUUGAGCACUGACCACCUCACUCCGGAGAGUCAUGUUGUGGGCACAUGAGCUUCCCUUGCUUAUCCUUCAGUGAAUGAGGCUUGUUUUCAUAUCAGUUCUUAAUAGGAGAUUUAAAUAAGGUAUUUUGCUCCUGUUUUGUAUUUUUCUCCCCACAUUUCUGCCUUAGUUGCUAUAAAUCACGCCAUAUUUAUAGCCUUUUUGUUGUGGCUACUUUUUUUUUGUAACUUGGGCCAUUGAAUUUCACUGUACUUUGAUCAUGUUUACAGCAUUAUUCAUUAAAGUGAAAACUGAAUUUCAAAUUUAAGGCCAAAUAAUCGAAAUGGAAUCAUAAAGGACUUUUUUUCAAGUUUUGCUAUCUUGGGCUUAAAUUUGAAAUUCAUUUUUAAUUCUCAAUGUUCGUGAAUAACACUGUGAGCACAUUGGUGUUGCAUGAUUGCAUAACUUUCCAUCUUCACUGAUCAGUACCCGAUGUCAGGACAGGUCAAUAUUUAACCUCCUUUAUUGUAAAAUGGGGCUUUUAUCAAUUCCCACUGACAUUUUAUUAUUUAUUUCAACUUUUUUUUUUAAUAUGUCGGCAGGCUAGCAAAUACUGGCCAGCCACCAUAUGAUUAACCAUCAAACUGCCAAGUGUUAUUUAAUUAGCACUGACAGCAGGCUGGAUCUGGAUCUCUAAUAUUAUUGAAAGCUGUGCUUUGUGAAACUUCAGAAUCCAAUACUUUGUGUAGGACUCGGAUGUAAAAGACAUAGAUUUUAAUCUGGACACCGAAUGCAUCUGGGUAAUUUUUUUUGGCCGACUGAAUACUGGCCGUAUUUGGCUUUAGUAUACUAUUUAGCUGUCGAUUCGGUUAAUUCCGAUAGCAUGCGCUGAAAAGCGCUUUGAAUCCCACUGGGACAAAGGCGCUAUAUAAAUACAAAUUAUUAUUAUUAUUAUAGUAUGUAUGAGAACUGAGGUCAGAAUCAGGUAAUUUUCACCAGAUUUUGUUAGGGAAUAACCCUGUACAUAUGUGCACUUCUCUUGAAAGUACCAAGGUGCUAACAAUAAACAAAUACUAAAUAUUUUAGGGACUUCUGAAUGACUGUGUGGAUGUGCAGACAUGAGAAAGCAAUAGUAUUAGAUUCCUAUAAAGCCUGGCUAUAAAAAUAAUUUGUAAUUAUAAUGUAACCCUACAAUCAGCCAGAUCAGGUAAAUCUCCUUGCAAUGCAGUUUGCCUACUCUUAUCAUCCCUACCAUACCACAACUAAAUAAUAGAAAUGCCUAAUCCAAUUCAAUUAUCCCUUUCACCCUAUCAGUUCCUUUUCCAUCUUAUACAAUCAAUCCAUUGGUUCAUAUUAGUCCCAGUUCUUCAACAUUAAUCUUCCUAACUUCACAACACCCAAUAUCAACAUGGCAUCACUCUAAUUCAGCAUCCACAAUCUCCAAUUUGGACCUUACAAACACACUCCAAGCACCAUAACCAUUACAGUGUACUGUAAUAAUGGUGUUAAAGGUGUCCUGGUGCUGCCCAAUGUAAGUAGUCAAAAAAUGUUUUUGAGCAAAUUGACCUCUUACCUGGGCCCAGACGAAUGUCACGCCACACCUUCUCUCUGCAGAUAGGAGAGCUGGAAGCUCCCAAUUAGCUUUCCUGAGAUACCUCAUUGUCUGAACCACCAGGCUUACAGCUUAACUUAGAGAGCUACAGUGGGUAAAGGGCGAUAUAUAGGGCUAUAGUCGAUGAAGGGAGCAGCACCUAGUAGAUGCCAGGUAAGAAGUCAAACCAUUCUAAAAUGGCUAGACUACUUACAUUGUGGGGGAGGUGCCAGGACACUCCUGGCACACAGUAGUGGUUAUGGUGUUUUGUGUUUCAUAUCUGCCCUCAAGUUCUCACUUGCUUUUUUCACUUGAACUGUCUUCCUCCAAUGCUCUAAGACAACAUAUGUCUAAUUAGAGAAUAGCUAAUUGUGGAUAAUGAAGGCAGCAGUACAGCUCUAACCCUAUUUACCAUUCUACCUUAUGUCAAUGAUGCCUGGACUUUUCAGAAAUGCAAAAAAAAAAAAAAGAAGAAAGGAGAAGAAAGUUUAGACAAAUUCUCCCAUUGUCAUAAAAGCACAUUUAUCUGUGUAUUUAAUAUCCACACAUAAGUGCUUUAUGUCUAUCUUGUCUUGUAUUUGGAUUAAAGGAUACCUCUUGCAUUCCACAAAUCCAUGUAUAAUGAAUGGGUUCCACAAAAGAGGAGAUCAAGUCCACGUCUGUUUAAUAAUGAGGGGGUACUACCAAUGGCUAACCCUAAAAGGAACUAAGGUAAACUGCAGCAAAGAAUCCUUGGAAAAAUUAUUUUCAUAUUAUCUCUCCAAGCAUCUUAAACAUUUACAAUCCCUCCUCCAAAUAUAGAAUGAGGGAGAAGUUGGGAAAGCAGUACCCUCGUGCAUUCUAGGUGUCUUUUGGUUCCUACGUUACUAGCUCCCAUUAAAGGUCACCUAAAUUAUGAGGGAAGAAGAGGACCAAGGCACAAUGACAUGGGGGAAUUACUCCCAUAUUUUAUUUGGGAUGUUAAAGGGAUACUAUAGUCACUAAAACAACUUAAUGAAGCAGUUUUUGUGUAUAGAUCAUGCAUCUGAUGUUUCACUGCUCAAUUCUCUGCCAUUCAGGAGUUAAAUCAUUUUUAUUUCUGUUUAUACAGCCUCAGCCACAACUCCCCUGGCAGUGACUCACACAGCCAGCAUGAAAAAAAAAGUAAUUUUCAAUCAGAUGUUAACAUGCUUUAGAAGUUUUUAUCUCAUACUCUGUAAUGUGAACUUUAAUCACACACAGGAGGAUCGUGCAGGGUCUAACUCGUUAUUAACAUUGAAGGAGAUAAGAAAUUCUAAAUUAAUAAGAAUUUGCAAUAAAGUGUAAACAUUAGAUCUUACUUUUCAGGUGUGUUUAGGAAGGCUGUGUAAGUCACAUGCAGGGAAGUAUGGCUAAAACUGCAUAAACAAAGUAACACCAUAACAGCAGAGAAUUGAGAAGUGAGAUUGAAUGAUGAUGAAUCAUGAUCUAUACACCAAAACUGCUUGGGUUGUUUUGGUGCGUAUAGUGUCUCUUUAAACUAGGUGCUUUCUAGUUAGUAUUGACUGCCUCAUCAAAACUAUAUACUACUACUACUAUAUAUUUAUACAAAGUCACAAUAUACAAGGCUGGUGGCACAUGUUACAAACACCAUAAUGCCUAAAUUAUACAUAGGAAUAAUUACAUCCCUGAUGUAAUUAUUACAAAUUUUAUUUAUAUUGUAGAGUUAACAAAUAGUACUAAUAAAAUAUAUAUAUAUAUUUAAAAAUGUGUCUCUGAAUUAACAAAUGUGUUGGCAGAAAAGAAACAGAAUUGUAUGCGCUAAUGUUGUUUUUCAACAUUACAACUUGAAAACCAACAUUACAACUUUACAAUUGCCAUUUACAACAUAGACUGUCUGAAAAGUUACUCUACAGAAUUUAUAUAUUUAAUUUUAUUUUUAAUAGGCACAGGGCACUUCUACUUCAUCUUAAAAUAUACAUCACAUUAAGCAACAAAUAAAAUGAAAAAUAUCAAUACACAUAAUUAUUUGAUAAUAUGCAUUUAAUUUUUAUUUUGUUGUUACAGCUAUGAAUAACACUACAGGGUCACUAACUCCCAAACAUUGUGUACGAGACACCAGGAUCACAGAAGUUGUGUUUCCAGUUCUAUAUACCAUUAUAUUCUUGCUUGGAAUAAUUCUGAAUAGUAUAUCCCUUUGGAUUUUCUGCUACGUUCCGAGCAACACAGUUUUCAUUAUUUAUCUGAAGAACACAUUGGCCGCGGACUUCAUCAUGACGUUGACGUUACCAUUCAAGAUUCUUACAGAUUCUGGGCUUGUAUCUUGGAAACUAAAAAUGUUUGUUUGUCGUUUCUCAGCAGUGAUAUUUUAUGAAACUAUGUAUAUCAACAUCAUACUUCUUGGACUUAUAGGACUUGACCGUUUUCUAAAGAUCAUUAGACCACUAGGUAGAACAUGGAUGGAUAAAACCUUUGUAGCCAAGCGAAUCUCCAUAGCAGUGUGGCUUAUUAUGUUUGGACUCUCACUUCCAAACAUGAUCCUCUCAAAUGAGAAGGCAACACCACAAAAUGUUAGGAAAUGUGCUAAUCUAAAGAAUCCAUUGGGUCUCAAGUGGCACGAAGCAAUAAAUUACAUAUGCCAGUUUAUUUUCUGGUCUGUUUUUCUCUCCAUGAUCAUAUUUUAUACAAUAAUUACAAGGAAGGUUUACAAGUCAUUUACCAAAUCAAGGAGUAAAAAUUGCUCUACAAAGCGAAAGACUAAAGCCAGAGUUUUUAUCGUGGUGGUUGUGUUCUUCUUGUGUUUCGCACCAUUUCACUUCUCACGGAUUCCUUACACAUUUAGUCAAACAGGGAUCAUAAAAGAUUGCUACCUUCAAAACAAACUGUUCAUUGCUAAAGAAAUUACCCUAUGGAUAGCAACCACCAAUGUAUGCAUGGAUCCUUUAAUAUAUGUCCUUUUGUGCAAGCCAUUUAGGAAACUGAUAAUGAAGUUAUCUGUCACCAGGAAUACAAGUCUGGAAACACAAAUGAACAAUGAAUCCACUGUGUAACCUAACAACCUACUAGGCUACACAAGUGCUAAUUUCCUGACCACGGCUCACUUUAUGAUGAUAGAUACAGAGGCAUGCAUUUUGCAUCUACAUAUCUAACUAAAAUCAUUAGCCAACCCCUAGUGAAUGGGUUUUCUAAAGAUAGAAUUAUUACUUCAUGAAGUUGAAUAUUCCACAAUUUGACUUGUAUAAAAAAAACAGAGCUUGAUUACAGUUGCCUAGGGCCUUCAGCAGGAUACCAGAUCAUGACCCCCUCUUGGAGCCCUGGACUAUUUCCUGUUAGUGCUGUUUGUAGUGGCACAGGGUUGAAUGUGUGGGGGAGACUGAUUGUUGUGAGUGUGUAAUAAUGUGUGUAGUGUAUUAGUAUUGUGUGUGUGUCUGUGUAGGAGGCUGAGCACUGUAUAGGAGGAGUCUGUGUGUGUGUUUGUUGAUUGAGUGUUGUGUUUGUGGGGUUGGAUGUGCUAAGUGGUGUCUAAGUUGGGUGGGAAGUUUGGGUGAGGUGUUUUUCAUUUUCCCCUUGCUCCUUACCUUGUUGCUGGAAGGGGGGUGUUAUCCCUGGUGGUACAAUGGAGCUGUGGAUGGGUAUGCACCAGUAUCUGGUGCAGUUCACUAUAAGAGCUCCCUUACGGUUUCAGCGGUUUUGCAAUGAUUUACAGGCCGCAGAACUCUGAGCUCCUUGUAAAUUAGUCUGCACUCAAGGUUCAAACUACAUUACUCCCUCUAUGAAGUAAAGGGGUGCGGGGCUCAGCAAAGAGACCUAUUUAACUCCCUGCCAGCUCAGAGUGGGUACCCUCACAUGCACGCCUCUGUGUGUACUAGGCUCUAAACAGCAGGCUAUAUGGCCUAAUGGGUUAUCUGGCUAUGCAAAAAAACAACAUAUAUAAUCAAAGUUUUAAUGAAAGGCGUGUAAUGCAUAUAAUUUUCCUGAACAUGUUUCUUAACUUAUGGUCACUUUAUCAUAAUUAGCAUAUUAAUAAGGGGAUAAUCAAAAUUGACACUUCUAGACAUCAUUAUACAAUGUCCCGAAGCAAAUUGAAGAUGAAAUAAGAUAAUAUCUACAGGGUUAUUUACUAAAUUGAGAAUUUAAGGUGAAUUCAAAGCACUUUUUAAAUUUAAGGACAGUGUAGCUGAACAAAAAGCAAAGCUGACUUCUAGAAUUUUUUUAAAUUUAUGCUAUUUUGACCUUCAAUUUGAAAUUCACUUUGCAUUUUACCUUGAAUUCUCACUUUAGUGAAUAACCCUGCUAGUGUUGAAAAUGAAAAACAGCAUUUGUGACAGAACAUUUUUAUUUUCAGAAUAUUUCUAAUUUUAUAAUUAAAUGAUUGCUAGUUGUAUUUUUUUGUUAUUUACAAUAUUAAAUUUUAUUUAAACAAAAUAUUAUAGUGUACUUGUCAUACAUAAAAGUGUAUUCGAUUUAAAAUGGGUCCCUCCCUCACCUAUCAAUAUAACUAUUUAACACAGAGUCUGUAUAGAUCGCUGGACUGAAAAAAUUUACCCUCUUAGAGGCAGUUCUCCCACUCUCCUGAACAGCAACCACAGCGCAUGCACUGUGGUUUCUAUGUUUUCUCCUUAGCACUUCAAGCACUUGCUAGUAACGAGUAAGCAUCCACAAUGAAGUCACCAUGUAAACUUCAUAGAGGAUGGUUUCCAAGCUUGUCCCCACGAAAGACAAAUCAAAACUAAAAACCUUAUAGUGAAUUUAUGAGUUAUCUCUAUGGUUCAAAGAUAAGCAUAAAAGCAACCCAGCUACCGUUGAUAGAGGAUGGAAACUUUACCAUGGCAACCUGCGGUCCCUUUCUGCCAAGGGCCCAGACAUUUGUGUGUUAAAGAAGCCUUUGGAAAAGCUGUAAUAAGGAGAGUGAAAUACUGAUUGAAGUGCCAGACAAAUUUCACAAAGCAGGUCUUUGGAAAAAUUAAUACCAGCACAGUAGCCUGAAAUAGAUGAUUGACAAAAAAUGGACAACUGACAUCUAUGUAUUUUGAUAACUGAUCUGCAAAACACAGCUAGUUCUCUGCUUUUAUGAAAACCAGAAAGUACUAAUUUAUUUGGGAAGUAAGGAGGGCUAAGGAAGUUGCUAAUUGUGUUGUGCAACACCCUUUUUCCAGGGUUGGAUCCAGAGCCCAAACUCUGGAAGGGCACUGCUGGAUUUUGUGACAAAUUCAAAACGUGGACACAUACAACCACACAAAUACAAAUGGUCAAGUUUACCCAGUGGCGUACUAAGGGGGGGGCAGAGGGGGCGGUCCGCCCCUGGUGCCAGCAUGGUGGGGGGUGCCAUGACCAGGAGCGCCAGCCCCCCCAUGCUGCAGCCGCCCGAGCGCUCUGCAGAGAGCCUCAGGCGACUGCAGCUUUGCCCGCCCGGGCGCAGCCUGAGGAGAGGGGCUGACAGGAGGGAGCACUCAGCGCUCCCUCCUGCCACUCCCUCCCUGUAGCGUGGCCGAGCGCUCUAUUGGUCCGCGGGUACAGGGAGCAUCUGUCUCCUGUACCCAGCCAGACUAACAAGAAGUGCACACCAGUACAGCUCACACAAGCAAACAGCUGAUAAACUGGCCGCACGGAGGAAAAGUGUAUGUGUGACUGUCUGCCUGUGACUGUGUGUGUGACUGUCUGUCUGUAACUGAGUGUGUGACUGUCUGCCUGUAAAUGUGUGUGUGGGGCUGCAGGGAUUUUGUAGAAGGGGGCAGGGGUUUGGUAUUGGGACAGGAGUCUUUAUAAGGGGGGAUAAGCAGGGGAUUUGUGGAAGGGGGUUGCGGGGGUUUUGUAGACGGGUCAGUACAGGAUUUGUAGAAGGGGCAGGACAGAGGUUUUGUAGGAGGGGCGGGGCAGGACAAGGGUUUUGUAGGAGGGGCUGACAGCGGUUUUGCAAAGUUUACAAAUUGUAAAAAAAAAGAAAGAAAACCUUUAACAUUUUUUACAGGUUUUUUUUUUUUUUGGGGGGGGGGGGGGCAAGCACAGGAUCCGCCCCGGGUGCCAAAUGCUCAAGGUACGCCCCUGAGUUUACCAAUAUGUUUACAGUGACAAAUCGUUACACAUAUUUAGGCAUGACGAUUCUGCUAUGACACUGACUCUUGCCCUACUUCCUUUCUGACAAACCCCAAAUUUGUUAUUUCCCCUUUCCUCUGUAUGGUUAACAGGCUUAACAAGCGGUAGCCCUAGCACUUUUUUUUUUUUUUUAACACCUUGGAGAAGUCAUUUUAGAAGAGUCUGAAGAUCCUGCUGCCAGCCAGACAUGAAUUCUUCGGGCUUCACGUGAGGAGCAUUUCCCUUAGUGCUCGCCAAUGGAUAAAACAUACAGUCACAAGAGUUACUUGCGAUAAUUUGCAGUCUGAUUUAACACAGUUCUAUGUGAUAAAAUGCUCUCUUUCUGUGAUUGCAAAUAAAAAACAUUUUCACAUAAAUAGAGAACUGAAAUUAUUGCAUAAACAAAUUUUAUGAUUUAGUGGUGGAAAUUAUUAGUGACUUCCCCCCAGUUUUGACUGUGAUACAUUUUGGGCCCCCUAUGUACUGUUUCUAUGGUCACCACUGAGGCUAAUCCAAACAAUAUGAUUAAGAGAAUGUACCCAUCUUGUCUAUAUUGCACAAAAUGUUUCCAUGCUCACUUAAUUCACCACAAUUUCCUGUUUUUUUUUGUUUGUUUUUUUAAACACUUAACCAUAAACUUAGAAAAAAAUCAGUGUACAUAAUCAGUGUUAGAUAUAUUUGCUGAGAUCAUGUGUGGUAAGGCUAACUUAAAUGGCUGUUUUGCUGUAGAGGUAUGAAACUGGUACAUGCAAGGCCGGUGCAAGGACUUUUGGCUACACAAGUUUCCUCCAAAAAAAAUGCAUCUUCACCUGUGUGUCCCUUAAUUUCCCUCUGGAAUUUCUUAACCUCUUUUGUGUUUCUUCCCUAUUUUUUUUUCUUACACUUCCCUUUAGUAAAUCUUACACCCCGUUUGUUUUUCCUGUAUGUCUCUUACACCCCCCCUUUAUGUCUCUUACUUUCCUCUAGCCCCUUUGUGUGCCUCUUACUCACCCAGCUCUUUUUGUGUGUAUCUUUCUCCCCCCAGCUCCUCUGUGUGUCUCUUUUUCCACUUCCCCAGCCUCGAUGUGGGUCUCAUCUACUCCCCCAGCACCUUUGUGUUUCUCUCUCCCCUUACCCAUCUCCUCUUUGUACCUCUUCCCCUAGCCCUUUUUGUGUAUAUCCUUCUCCCUACCCCCCCCCCCUCUAUAUUUCUUUCACCCCCUUGCCCCUUUGGUGUGUCUUUUUAUCCCCUUUCCAGCAUCUCUGUAUAUGUAUUACCCCCGCAUCUCGUCUCUUUCCACCCCCAGCACCUCUGUGUCUCUUUGUCUCCACCCCCAGCCCGUCUAGGUGUGUCUCUCCACACAAGCACAUGUCUCUCUCUUUUGUAUCUUCCUCAUGCCAUCCUGUGCCUGCUCGCAAUUUUGUUUAGCAUGGCAGACUGCAGUAGAGGAACUUCUGUAAACCUGUACCCAGACUGACAGGAAGCUGUCCGGCGCUCCCAGUGAGCACUUUGUGUCAGACUUGGUGGAGGAUACAGAAGUUCCUCUAUUAUGGUCCGCUUCGCAACACUACAAGGAUUGACAGGCUGCAUGUGGAGUACUAUGUGCUCCCCUUCUGCCGGUCAAACUGGAUCUUGCGCCCCCCCCGGCCAAUGCACACUAAGGUGGCCGCCUGUUCCCCCUUAUGGUUGUGCCACACCUGGGCAUAUGUACCUGCUCAAUGUUUAAAGGGAGACUCUAAACACAUAAAGCAUUUCAGCCUGCUCAAGUCUGUAGAAUCAAUAUAAAUUAGCACUUUUAUAAUCAAGGGCAGAAACACCUCCCUCAAUGAGAAGGCUCCUCUGCUUAGGGUAUAUGUCCAAUGAAAACAUGCAGUUAUACAUUUACGAAUGUUAACAUUGUAGCUACUAAAUAGCAUCAACUAAAUAGUGAGUUGUUGUUUUUUUGGGGCUAUGGAGUUUUUUUAAUGACUGGCACCAAACAGGGCUGGAAGUUAUGGUUGUUGCUUCUUACUCAAAAUGUAUUCAAAGGAUGUUGUUGUAAAUAGAGAAUGCAAGAUCAGAGAGGAGAUUGGCUGCAGGAAAAGCAGAAGAUGAGAAGCUUAGGAUGAGUGAAGAACAGAGGCAUACCUGGUAUAGAUUUGGACACAAACACUCUCUCCUUUCACUUCCUCAUUAUCCAUACAAAAUAUGUGUACAUGGUAUAACAUGAUUCUGCAAUACCAAUUCUAGAAUUGCCUAAUUACAGCUGACCUUUUAUUGUACCGUGGUCAAACAACACAGAAGAGCUAAUGUAAGGCUCUUUGGAAUUUCGAUCUUUCUGCUUCUUAGUAAAUAGCUCCCUACUUCUUGUGGGAUUGCCAUAAAGAUACCAAAAAGGAGCUUUCUACUAAACAACACCCUAAUGUGGCACCCUUACAUAUGGCAAUUCCACAAGGGUACCAUUUUAGGGAGGACCUUGUUUCACCAGAUAGUAACUGGUCCUUUAUAACAAAUUACUACAAUAUCCAGGUUAUCCUAGAGAUUUGAUCCUUUUGUGAAACCAGCAGUGUACUGUUAUAGACCUUCUGCAUCUAGUUCAACAAUCCUGACCAAUUUACUUUUAUUCACUGCCUAGACAUCUUUUUAAUUAAACCACUGUCUGGACAUCUUUAUAAUUAAUUAAAUACUUCCAAGGUUGGUAAAUAAAUUAACAUUUAUUUUACUUAUUUCCUUUAUUUAAUUGGACAUUUCAAGCACCUCUGUAGUAGUUAUGGUACCCAGAGAUUCCUUUCUAUUUGUUCUCCUAGUACCUAGCUACACAUCUCGCCCAUGCCUCCACUUGCCAUACCGCAAGUGUCAACAAGCCUGCUACACAGUGAGCAUCCAGUGGCAGCUUGCAGUAAUAAAAAAAUAGCGGUAAGAUACAGGGGGAACUGGGUAAAGAUCACAGGUCACUACUCUAAUAAAUUGAAAAGAGGGGGACAUCCACAAUAGGGUCAACCAAUUUAAAAAAAAAAAAAAAAGGGAAGCCCUUGUGUCACCCCUCCAACCCCUCAUAUCCCGCCCAUGGUCAGCAUGUGGGUGCUCCAUUAAAAUAAAAAGCAGUGAGGACAUCCUACUGUCCUCCUCACUUGCCCCAUAUUAGUGCAAAUUAAUUAAGUGCUGAGAUGUUGAAUGUAGUUCUUGCAAAAUUCAUUCAGGAAAUCCAUCUUGUGGGUGUCACAGUGACCAUUAUGUAGUUAUGUAAACACUGCCUUUUGUUCAAAAAAGACAGUGUUUACACUACUGAGUUUGCAGGGACAAUCUAUUUGCCCUAGAACCAUUGAAUUAAGCUGUAGUGAUUCUGGUACCUUUAGAGUCCCUUUAAAACAUUAGCAGUGUAUCCACAAUAGAGUAGGAAGAGGCUGUUCCCAUCGUCCUUCUCAAAGGGCAUGUCCCUAAGUAUAUCAAUGUUGGAGGACAUCUUCUAAAGUAAGUAGGUUUGUUAUCAUUGCAAAUAAUGAUCUCAUCCUUUUAAAGCAUCUGGUAGGUGUUCCUGGAUAACCUACUUGUUAGCACGGGAAACAUAUCAGAGUGCGUAGGACUGAACACAGGCUCAAACGUAUCACAUUCUUGUGGUCUCCAUUCUAGAACUACUUGUGGAAUUCUUCAAAUAUACAGCUUAUUUCUAUUAUUUAAAGAAGAAUUUACAAAUUACGCUGUAUCAGGCUAAAUAUGCAUUUUUAAAACAAGCACCAACAUUAAUUGCAACGCUCGUAAUGUUUUUACAAAUCUUUCUUUUGAAACAGGUUUUCCUUCUAUGCUCUCCUAUUUUAUUUGACUUUUUGCAAAACUAAACAUUCAAGAUAAUGUAAGAUUUUCUGGUGAUUAAAUACAGAUUUGAGGCACAUUUCCUGUAUGCACUAAAGGAGGGACACCACAUUUAUUUGCAGUACUGCAAAGUCUCGAAGAUGCUACAGUAGAUAUGGUGUUGAUAAAGUAAGAUAAAUAUAUUAAAUACUAUUUUUUAAUCACACAAGGAAAGAUAGGUCUGAAAGUGAAUGCAAAAAUGUCAUGACAAGUUACAAAUACUUUCUAUACAUAAUUUUGAGCCUAUUAUCCUGCACACAUCCGCCCUACUUUCUUCUGCAAAGCACACCUUACCAAUGACUGUUUAAUUUUACGGGAGAAGUUCAGACUUGAACUGAAUAAUUAAUUUUCAGGCCUCCUGUACACUUCCUUGUGAGUCACUGUCAUUAAAGAGGGAUGAGGGUUCUUUAAAGAUAAAAGAUUUCAGACUUUCCCAGCAGGUGUCCAAAGCACUUUAAUCCUGCAUCUUCUCUUCUGUUUCUUCUUCCGAUGCAAUGGAUGCUUGUCUCUAGUUUUACAAUUUAAAUGGUAAUUCUAAUCACAAGUCAAAAAUGACAGAAUUAUAGGGAUUUCAACCAGCCCAUGAAAGUAUCUUCUAUGUGUCUUGUGUUCUCGACAUUGAGAAAUGAAUCAUGAGGACCACAAUGAAGGUAAGCUGUUACUUCCUUAAAUACAUUUUUUUUAAUGUCCAUUUUGUUUUCAGUUUUUAUACCUUAUCUUAAAGCGAAUGAAUAAGAUUAAUACAGAGAAUGAGUGGGUGGGGGGGAGGAUUAAAAAUAGGAAAAUAAUAUUUGUGAAACAGGUAAGAUAAGGAUCCAAACAUUAGACAAUAAUCGCCAACAAGCUAAAGUUCACAGUCAGGUAAAUACAGGGAUCGGUAAGUAUUUACUUAGAGGAACAGGUAUUCACCUGUCUUUUUAAUCACUGUUUUACAAAGGCAUCAGAAACAAAAUGCAGUUAAACAGUUGAUAACUGAAACAUCUCCAACUAGCAGAUUUGGGCCUUAAUUUUUUUUAAGUAUCGGUUUUACUGAUCUCGAAACAUUGUUUAGAUACAGCAUAAAACAAAAAAUAUUUCAUCUUGCAGAAGAAGUUGUUCUGUGAGUGUACAGAUAAACAAACACACACAGCAUGCACGAUAAACCUAUUCACAAUUACUCUGAAAUAAGGAAUAUUAUUAACCAACAUAAUUAUUCAAACUUAUAAGUAGUUUACAGGUUUGUUUCUAAAAAUGUAAAUGUCAUGAAUCCAAGACAACGUUUUUUUUUUAUUCUUUAGUAAGGCAUUUUUAUGCCAUCUUUAUUUAAUCUUCAACGUAGACAGAGAGUCUGUUAAUUUUUCCUUUAUUGACUUGUUGUAAUAACACAAUGUAUUCAUGAUGUCAUGUUUUAUAAGGUUCCAUUUUAGAUGUUUAGUUUUGUAUAAUGUGUUGUGUUUUUGUUUUUUUUGUGUAUGAAUCAAAAUAGCUUCCGUGAAAGUUGUAACAUGCCGCAGACCAGUGUUUUAUUCAAACAUCUCCUGCUGGCUUCGUGUUGGAACACGAUAAGUUAAACGUGCUGAAAACACUAAUGCCACAAUACUUACAAACAACUGGGAGACUUGCAUGUGCUUAGCUUCAAUUCCUUUCUAUGCGUUGCAAUGCUAGUAUCCACAUGCACAUACAAAUUAUACUAGAACACAUCAGACACAACGGAACAUUGGCUUCUCAAGCUAGAUGCAUGCACCGAGCAAAGGUAAGCUUUAUUUUAACAACAAUAUUUAGUAUUUUGGAUACAAAGAUUAAUAGAUUCGCACAGCAUGGGGUCUAUUCACUUAACAGUUUGUUGCAGUGAGACAGGAACAGGACUGUAAAAUAAAGACUAAUAGGAUGUUAAUAGGAUAGACUAAGUUUUCAAUUUAAAUGGUGUAUGUUGUGAGCUCAUUGCAAAUCACUGUUUAGUCAAUAGACCACUGUGCUUUAUAAAAGUCUCUGGUAAUUGCUGUAUGACGCAUAUAUAUAUAUAUUUAUUUAUUUGAAACAUAGAAUGUGAUGUCAGAUAAGAACCAUGCGGCUCAUCUAGUCUGCCCAAUUUUCUAAAUACUUUCAUUAGUCCCUGGCCUUAUCUUUUAGUUAGGAUAGCCUUAUGCCUAUCCAACGCUUAAACUCCCUCACUGUGUUAACCUCUACCACUUGAUCUGGAAGGCUAUAUAUAUACAUUUACACACACACACAUAUAUAUAUAUAUAUCCGUUUAAUAACUCUGUGGUGAAAAUGUGAGUGGCUAUAGCACAAGGGUGCCCAAAACGUAGAUUACCAGAUAUUUGCAGAACUACAACUCCCCUAAUGCUUUCAUGUCUUUAGAAUGCUUUAGAAUAGCAAUGCAUCAUGAAAUCUGUAGUUUUCAAACAUCUGACACGAUAGCACAUUGCUCAGUAGUUUUUGAUGUGUUGGUUACUAAAAAAAAACCUAUUGGGGUUAUUUAAUAAACAAGGAAUUGAUAAGAAUUGACAAUAGAAAUUAAUUAAAUCUGACAAAAUAAAUAUGUUAAUGUAUUUAUUUUUUAAAUUCUCCAUAGUUUACAGAACAACUCAAAUAACAUUACACAGUUGCUUUAAGCAGCUCAGUCACUUUCUGGGGACUUAGGAAAUUUUGCAUAGACCCCCAAUGGUGACAUCACUGGUUUGUGUGUGGUGGCUCUGGCAUGCGGUUGAACCUCUCAGAAGAAGUGCCAGGAGCCCUGGUCAGUGCUGUACUCUUGCACAUGCGCAAGACUACACCACUAAUGUCUAUGGAGGAUGUGCAAGACAGCAGGAGCCCCCAUGGAUAACACCUUUUUCCACAUAGCCGUCACUAGUGGCGUUUGGUAAAAUUGACAAAACCUGACCGCUGUAGAUCCACAUUUUGUGAAGUUUUGUCAACCAGAGGAAAAAUACAUAAGACAGCAUAGUCUAUCUUUAGUCAUAUGAUGAUGUCAGUGAAAUUCCAACACAGUCAAUAUGAGAAUGUCAUAAAGAAGAUUUUCUCUUUAUGAAAUACUCGUUUUAUUGGAGAGGAGAAGGAGGGAGGGGGUAACAGUGGACAAGAUUCUAGAAUGGGCAGAACGCUUGUAGGAAUUGCUUUCUUUAGGGGCAUCAUCAUUACCAUCAGCGUAGCUUCCGUAUAUACUGGACAGCUAAAAGCUAUGGCCAUGGACCAAGCCUGUAGUGGAAACAUAGCUUGCUCACUUGGCUCAUAACAGGUGAUUUAUUCAAUAGCAAGUAAGCCUAGUUAACUUUACUGAAAUCGCUGGCAAAGUCAAUUUUUUUUUCAUAAAACCUAUCCAUUACAUGACUACAAUUGCAUUUUUACACUAACUGCCAUAGUAUUUUAAAGGACAACUGUAAACUUUUGUGUAAUCUGCUGCCUACGCACAUCACAGUCAUUUAUGUGAUCAUCGGUUGGUAGCAGAGCUUGUGAGACCAAAGAUCACUCAGUUUUGAGGUCCUUGGAGCAUGAUUCUUUGCACAGCAAAACCUUGGUCUGGUAAGGACUGCUCCAAGGCAAGGAUCACUUAUAUGGCAGCUCUAUGGGAGGAAACAGUAGGGGAGUUGACAGUUAUCUUUUAAAUUUAAAGGACCACUCUAGGCACCCAGACCACUUCAGCUUAAUGAAGUGGUCUGGGUGCCAGGUCCAGCUAGGGUUAACCCAUUUUUUCAUAAACAUAGCAGUUUCAGAGAAACUGCUAUGUUUAUGAAUGGGUUAAGCCUUCCCCUAUUUCCUCUAGUGGCUGUCUCAUUGACAGCCACUAGAGGCGCUUGCGUGCUUCUCACUGUAAUUUUCACAGUGAGAGCACGCAAGCGUCCAUAGGAAAGCAUUGUAAAUGCUUUCCUAUGCGACGGGCUGAAUGCGCGCGCAGCUCUUGCCGCGCGUGUGCAUUCAGCCCAGGAGGAGGAGAGAAGGAGGAUCAGAGGAGGAGAGCUCCCCGCCCAGCGCUGGAAAAAGGUAAGUUUUUAACCCUUUCCCCCUUCCAGAGCCAGGCGGGAGGGGGUCCCUGAGGGUGGGGGCACCCUCAGGGCACUAUAGUGCCAGGAAAACGAGUAUGUUUUCCUGGCACUAUAGUGGUCCUUUAAAGGAACACUCUAAGCAACAUAACCAUAAAAAACAUCGCUGUGCUUAUGGGGCAAUUUUCCAAGCAUCUGCAGAGGGUCUGGUUUCUGGGUUUCUGUUUAAAAACAAGUGACCAUAAAUAGCAAAGAAUCAUAGCACCACCACCUGUACACCUGUACAACAAGCUAUGAUGCACAUGUUCCUUUACAAAAUAGAGGGUAUUUAAUUAUUUUUCUGGCUUCUAUUAUAUUUCUGAUAAAAUGAAAAAUAUUUCAGGGGCACUUGCCUAAGCAGUGCACAUUAAAGGGAAACAAUAUUGCCAGGAAAACAAACUUGUUUUCCUGGCACUGUAGCUUCCUAUAGUGCCUUCCCUACCCUGGGGGACCUAAUGUGCAUGCAAGGCGAUGGCAGGGUUGGCAUUAGUAAUUCACCCAUAGAAGUACUGAUGCAAGCACGGCCAUCGCUUGUCUGGUUCCAAUUACAUAUUUGUUAGUCCACCCAUUGUAAAGCGCUAAGGAAUUUGUUGGCGCUAUAUAAAUAUAAUAAUGAUAAUAGCAUGAGGCGUGCAGGGUAAGGUACUAGGGACACUGCAGCCAGACCACUUCAAUAAGCUGAAGUGGUCUGGGUGCCUAUAGUGUCCCUUUAUGCUUAUACUAGUGAUCCACAUGUUUUGACAGACUCACUGCUGUCUGGAAACAGCUCACACUGUAGGGAAGAGAAUCAAAAUAAGAUUGAUAUAACCAACUGUACAAAUUGUCAUGUUUUAACAUAUGCUACAACAUGUCAAAAUGUAUUAGUUCCCUUUUCCUUAGACUUAAUCACAGUUCUGUUUUGACUUAAAAAAAAAAAAAACGAAAACAAUCCAUCUAAAUUUUAUAUGGCUGUGGAAGGGUUGUGCAAAAUCCCCAGAAGACACAGUUCCUCUUUAAUUCUCCCAUGCCAUACAGAAAACGAUUGCACACACAGCACUUCAGAGCUGUUAUUUAGUCAAAGGGUUUGACGGGGCUACUCCCGUGACACCAGAAUUAGAGUUCGUCAAAACUGGCACCCAAAUUGAAAAGUAAAUAUGCUUAGUAUCUUAUUAGGAUCAAGUCCCUUCGAGCCUGCUUAAACACUCUUAGUAUCUUAUUAUGAGAGUUAUUUUAAGUCUAUAUAUACACAUUCUCAGUGUCUAAUUAUGUCCGAGUCCCUUCAAUUUUACAAUAACAGUUUAGGCAGAAAUGUUUAUUUAUAAGAAACCCAUUGCGGAUCUUUUUAAAGACUUAAAAGAACACUCCUGGAUGACUUCAGCCCCAUAACAACUUUAUCUCAGUGAAGAGGUUAUGGGAGCUGGAGUCACUGGUAUCCAUUCUACUUACAUGGGUUAAACUAUUUUUGAACGAUUGAUUCCCAAAGUAGGUCCCCAGGUGCCAACAGCAAUUCUUCCUGUCUCUUCAUUUGGCAACCAUACAGUCCAGGAAAGUUUGUCUUGGUGACAUCCCCAGCCACCUAAGCAAAUAUCCCUAUUAUGUACAGUGGUCAGAGGUGUCUGGCAGGCAACAAGGGGCCAACUUCAAAGCUAAACCAUUCAAAGCGGAUCUACUUUGGAAGAAAAGAUGGUACCCAGGUUCUCCUGCCAUCAAAAUAACUUAAUUGAAAGGAGGUUGUUAUGGAGUGGGUGUGUUCCUUUAAGAUAUGGUGUAAAAUGAAACCAGAAAUCACAUCUACAGACUAUAGAACGUUUGUUUGUGUACAAUAGCUCAGAAGGCCCUUUAAAUAGGUUUAAAUAACUGGAAUAUAUAACCAUGUAGACAAUUUAAAAAGUAUAUAUUAAAAACAUCAAAUAUAGGCACAUUGCAAGCACUGCAUUUAUCACAUAUGUAUUGUAAAACAAAUUACCCCUAUUGAGAAUACACAUUACAACUGUUAGUGUUAUAAGAUAAUUAGAACAUAACUAAUAGACCUAUAACCUCAGUAAGGGAUCAUGAGGCGUCUCAGUCAAAAUAUAUCUGUAUUAGUAAACAUUCUGUGAUUGCUUGUUGAUGCACUGUUAUGUGCCUGGAAUGGCAUGUAAGUGAAAAUAAAAUUCAAUACAAUUUUUUUUUAUUUUAAAUUAGCAUAAUGAAAAGAUAACUAAAAAUUAACUACUCAUUGAGCUAAUCUUUUUUUUUUUUUAAACCAAUAAUCAAUAGUGGAGCGCUUGUUCAGUAGAAUGAGAAUAUAGUGUAAAAACCUCACAGAAAAUAUCUUUAAAAACUGUGGGUAUUUUCUGUGUUUUUUUACUAUAUUCCCUUUUAACCGAAUAAUCGCUCCACUGUUGAUUUUUGCUUUGACCUUAAUUGGUGUGUUGGGGAGGAUAGCGCACUACAGUGCUACAGCUACCUUAGUUUUUUUAAAACACUGUUUUACACUUAUAUUCAUUAAGAUUAAUGUUUGUAUACUAUAACUGUAGUACCCUUCAUGUUUUUUUAUUAGAACACUUUUUUUUCCUUUGGUUGUACAAAACUCUCAGAAGAGCCUCUUUAAAGCUUAUUGUAAAAGUGAAAUCAGCAAAGUCUUGGCUAGGUAACUAUAACUAUUUACUUUAAAUGAUGAAAUAAAACUCUCAUCAAUGUCAGCCAGUCACUCCGAAGCUGAGAGGCGAUUGUGGCACAUCGACAACUGUAAAUCUGCCAUUAAAAAAUCCCAACAUUCUAUAUAAAAUCCAGUAGCUUUGUACAUUUAGUCCUUAGAAGAAAUGGAUAAACAGUUACAUACAUUCUCCCAUUUUUCUAGAGCUGACAAGAAGAGUAUCCUUGAGGAACUUACUAAAGAGUGUUUCUCUACACCAAAGCAAUGGAGUCAGAGGCUGACAAGAAUUCUCCAGGUAACUAAUUAUAUCGGAACCUUAAAUAAAGGUUUCCUUACAAGAACCCACCUCUAAAAUAUUAGCAGGACCCUCUUUGGAGACCAAAUUCCUUUGUCCCACUUUUUUGUCUUGGUUUCCCUCUCUGCUAGGAAUGCAUUUUGGUGUGUAUGCAUUUAUAAUAGAGUUUCACAGUAAUAAAACUUGUAGCAACAUGUGUCUGUAAUAAAUUACUACAAGAACUGCAUUUGAACUGCUUGAAAAAAGACCUAACCUAUGGGCACACCAAGGAAGUAUUUUGGCUUAGAGCAAAUGAGUUGGACACGGGGAGUAGCAUGGGGUGAUGCUAGGAUUCAGGAUUUUGUUGUUUUUUUAAAAUAAUUUUCAUUUUAAUCUGUCUUAUUGGAUGUGCCACUGCUCGCUGAACAUACAUGCCAAUUCUUACAACACCCUCAGCUGUUAAAUUAAAUUCUAGUCAGCAAGCUGUUAGUUUCAUUCCUGGAAACCAUCAUGGCACGGAUGCUAGCAGUAACCCGUGCCACUGGGUUCUUAUUCCAGUCUACAAUAGACGCUGCAGAUACUGGGUUGCAAUAACAUGUUACCUGUUGAUAUGUAGCCCACUAAGGGGAAAACAGGAAGGAGUUUGUGCUAAAGCAUGAACAGUUUCCUUUUCCAUCACUAGACACUUCAAUCAGGGCCAAUCCUAGGGUCACAAAUGCCUGGAAGCAGAAUUAUUAUUUUUUGGCAUCCCCAGGUGGGUGUGGUCUUACUAGUAACCCCUCCCAUUUGUGAAAGUCCAGGCAUGCAUGUUUCUCUGGCGACAACUCCCCCUCUCCCUCCAUAAGCCCCACCCUUUUUUGCAAUCAGACACACUCGCUGAGAGACACACACGUGCUGUAAUUGAGUGUGUGUUUUUGUCUGUCACUGAGAGUGCUUGUCAGUGAGAGUAUGUGACUGUCAGUGAGUGUUUCUGUCAGUGAGUGUGUCUCAAAUCAGUGAGAGUGGGUGUCGGUGUGUCUGUCAGACAAACUCUCAGUGAUUUGAAACACACUCACUGACAGUCAUAAAUUCUCACUGACAGUCACACACUCUCACUUACAGGCAGACACAUUGACACACCAUCUCAGUGAUUUGAAACACAUUCACUGACAGUCAUAAAUUCUCACUGACAGUUACACACUCUCACUCACAGACAGACACAUUGACACACCAUCUCAGUGAUUUGAAACACACUUGCUGACAGACACACACUAUCAAUGUCAGACGCACACACUUACUGAUAUGAUACACUCACUGACAGACAGACACACAAACAUUUAUGCACAAUUUUUUUAUUUUAUUUUUUUUUAGCCUUCCUGCCUUUGGAAGAUCUGGUGUGGGUCCUCUCCCUGGGGUCCAAUGGGGAAUGGAUCUGCUCCCUGGAGUCCAAUGGGGAAAGGAUCUGCUCCCUGGGGUCCAGUGGGGAAUGGAUCUGCUCCCUGGGGUCCAGUGGGGAAUGGAUCUGCUCCUUGGGGUCCAGUGGGGAAUGGAUCUGCUCCCUGGGGUCCAGUGGGGAAAGGAUCUUCUCCCUGGGGUCCAAUGGGGAAAGGAUCUUCUCUCUGGGGUCCAGUGGGGAAUGGAUGUGCUCCUUGGGGUCCAGUGUGGAAUGGAUCUGCUCCCUGGGGUCCAAUGGGCAAAAUAUCUUCUCCUUGGGGUCCAAUGGGGAAAGGAACUUCACCCUGGGGCCCAGUGGGGAAUGGAUGUGCUCCCUGGGGUCCAGUGGGGAAUGGAUCUGCUCCCUGGGGUCCAAUGGGGAAAGGAUCUUCUCCCUGGGGUCCAAUGGGGAAUGGAUCUGCUCCCUGGGGUCCAGUAGGGAAUGGAUGUGCUCCCUGGGGUCCAGACCAGUGGGGAAUGGAUGUGCUCCCUGGGGACCAGUGGGGAAUGGAUGUGCUCCCUGGGGUCCAGUGGGGAAUGGAUCUGCUCCCUGGGGUCCAGUGGGGAAUGGAUGUGCUUCCCUGGGGUCCAGUGACUCCUGUGUUUUUCAGGCUCCUCACUGCUCCCUCAUGGGGCUGGAGUGAUGUCAUUCCUGCUCCCUGCAUCACCAGAGAGGGAGCAGUGAGGAGCUGGAAGCGCAUCAGAGCUCCCUCACUGCCGCUGCCUGCCUCCAUUUUAUUAUUCUUUUAUUUGUGUGUAGAUUGAUGUACAAAUGAAAAGGGAAAUUUGAUGCACUGCACCAGCCUACCUCCUCUGCCCUUCCUUCCAAAUCUGCAGCAUUAGAAACGAUCUUUAAAGUAGUCACAUUUAUCACAUAAAUGUUAUAUCCUUUGGCUUGCAUGGCUCACUAUCACUAAAUCACUGAAUGGGUUAAAACCUGGAUCAUUUAUUAAAGAUUUCUGAUAGGUUGUUUGUAACGUUGUAAAAGACUGUGCAAAUUACCACCUACGUGCUGUGUAUUCAUCUUAAACUAACACACCCAGAUGGGUUGCAACAUGACUGGUGCAAUUUCCUCUCACUGUAGAGAUUAUGCUAAAAUCCCAGUGAUUUACUGUCAGAAGGACUUGAAAUAUAUACCUGGCCAAGACGUGCACACUGAAUGCAUUGGACUAUAUAUUUAUUAGGGGAAAAAAAAAUCGCACACUGGUAUUGCACGGGAAUAAAGAAUAGGUAUAUGCUGGAUGGUAUACAUGUUCAAUGCCCUUUAAAAUGAAUCAGUUCAACAUACUGAGGUUGUUCUAGGAUUAGGUAUGAAACCUGUAUUUCAUCAAAAAAAUAUCCAAGUUUAUAAAUAUCAGUGUUUAAAUAUACUGAAAUAUUUAGCGAAUACUUUAAACGGGGUGAUCGUGCGUUGCUUUCACUGUGGUUCUUCAAAUGUCAAGUUGAUUACAUUGUGUUCUGCAACAGUGUAAACUUGGGUUAUUUAAUUAUAUAUUAAAAUAUUCAACUAAUAAAAGUAUUUUAUACAUAGCGAACGCCAGUAUUAGGUAAGUCUGAAAUUUUGCCACUAAAUGUAUGGCAUAAUCUAUUAAAGAUAAACUAUAUUAAACAAUGUAUCCAUGUAUAAAUUCAUGAAUCAAUAUUAUAUGCACUUAAGGGGGUGUCCAAAUCGAAGGCGAAGGUGAUUUUCAACACCCUGGCGUAAUCAAUAUAUCAAAACAAUAAACAUCAGAGUGUACAAAUUAUGCUAGAAAAUAUACAUUACAUUUAAUUUUCAAUGAAAGUGUUUAGCUCUUAUAUACUAUAUGUAAGGUGAUGCAUAAUAGAUUGCAUGUGUGUUCCCAUGAAUAAACCAGGAAGGAAAUUUGAUCUAAGCCUAACCUACGACAUUAACAUUUUCUGCUGAUUUUAUUAGCUCAAUGUAUGAAAUGUAUUGCUUAGCUAAAGGGGAUCUUGACAUCUAAACAAUUAUAGAUGACAGGUCCACUUUAAAUAAAAUUAAAAUGUGCUGUAGCAAAGUAAUUUGAUGUUUUGAGUGACAUGCUAUUUAUUCCCCCUCUGGGAUUUCCUCUCACUUGGUGAAAUACCAGGUUAAAACGUCAUUAUUUCAUAACCUGCCAAACAGUUGUGUAAUCCAGCUGUGAUUAGGUAUUUUCUCUCUCCUGUGUCGGUUUAGUUUAUUUGAGCAACACGCAAAACAUUACCUCCCAGGCAGACACAACCAUCUCUGUGUUUAAACUGCAAAGCAUUAAAGAGUUAGAAAGCUCUAAAUGGGCAGAUACUGUAACCGAUAUAGAAAAUUAACAUUGUUUUACUUAUAAUUAUUUCCAAAGCAUUACACUAUAUAAUAAUAAUAAUUGGAUGUAAAUGGGUUAAUGCCAUACCUUAACAUAAUUUGUGAAAGUUAAUAACAUUGUAUGGUGUUUAUUUAAAAUAGUAUGAUUAAUAUUUUAGUGUCAUUUGAGUGUAGCUGUAGUGGCAGCUGUAGAGUUCAUUAAGUGUGCAUAGUGAAAUAUCUGCAAUAGGUUAGGGUAAGUGGGGACUCAAGGUGCAGCAUUUUCUGUGUCCACAGGAAUUAUUUGGAGCAAAACAUUAUACCUUUUUAUGUAAUGAUUUUGGUUUACAGCAAAAGGUAAUUUUUUUUUUUUAAUGGGUCUAUAGCACCACUGCAUGCAACUAAUAUCUGUCGUCACUCUUGAGCAUGCCUGAACUGGCCUUCAGGCAAACUGGGCUAAUAGCCAGAAGGGUAUGAGGGCCAUGGAUGAAUCAAUGACUCUGCAGGGGCAUGAUCUAUACAUCAAAUCUACUUCAUUAAGCUAAAGUUGUUUUGGUGCCUAGAAUAUCUCUGUAAUUUAAAGCGGCACUGUCAUGCCGAACUUACCUUUCCCCAAUCACUUCUUCUUCUCUCCCUCACUCAGUAUCUGUUCUUAAUUUCUUCCUAUCUGCUCUAGUUUUCUUUAAAACAUAAGACAAAGUAGGAACUAUUUUGUCUUAUGUAUUUUACCUACGCUUGCCCAGUUGACCCAGGGGAGGAGCAAAGUCUCGUCCGUUUCCUGUGGUCAAAGCAAUUUUCUCACAAUUCUCACCUUCCUCCGGCUGCUUUAUUUGGCGUUCGAACGCUGGCGAAACUACUGAUUUCGUCCUAACAGAGUGAGAACAGUUCGUCCAUUCGUGUUAGGAUGAAAUUUGGCAGUUUUUGUUGGUUCGGCAUUUAAUUUGAAUGAAUGAAACUCUGAUCCUAUUAGUGCCGCAAGUAGAUAGCUCCCUAAUUCCCACAGCAUUAGGGAGCUAUCUUCUAAAAGGCUGAAAGACCUAAAUUGGUAAUUAAGGGAUAUUACUACUCCUGCCCCCAACCCCCACACAAAGUCCCCCCCUAUUGUAAUUCUGGGCCCCCACCCAUUGCUCACGACAGUGCUGCUUUAACAGUCUAUCUAUCUGCUUUACACAAAUGAUUUUAUUCUCGCAUGGAGUUAUUUUUAAAAAAGAACUUCAAUCAAGCCAUGUGUCAUGCAAGUAAAAGUACUUUAGAAAUAGGUUCAAUAACGUAAAAUGUGAUUUUUAUAUUAUUUAUAGUAAUACGUAAAACUACACGCUCACUGUAAUUAUUAUUUGUUUUUGUUUUUUUAACCCUUAUCCAUUACUAAACCCCAAUACUUUUUCUUUCAUAGGACAAUCCUACAAUAAUGAAACUCCUCCCGGAGGAAACUCAACAGCUUUUCCUGAACUUCUGCGAAUCAUGUUUCCUGUGCUGUACCUGGUGAUUUUCCUUGGCAGUGUCAUGCUAAACGGACUAGCAGUAUGGAUUUUUUUCCACAUCAGGAAUAAAACCAGUUUUAUUUUCUAUCUCAAGAACAUUAUGGUUGCUGACCUUUUAAUGACCGUGUCUUUUCCAUUUAAAAUUAUAUACACGUCUGAAGUGGCAUCAUGGAAUUUCGAUGUCUACUUCUGUAAAUAUAGUAGCAUAUUGUUUUACACAAGCAUGUACAUCAGCAUUGUGUUUCUUGGAUUGAUAAGUAUUGACAGGUACCUUAAAGUUGUAAAACCGUUUGGGAACUCUAAAAUAUACAGCAUCAAAUUCACAAAGAUUGUGUCGGCAUGUGUUUGGCUCUCCAUGACUUUGUUUGCCUUACCAAAUGUCAUCCUUACAGACAGCCAACCAACUGGAGACAAUGUAAAUGACUGCACAAAAUUUAAAAGCCCUAUAGGAGUGAAGUGGCAUGAAGCUAUUAUUUAUAUUGAUAUGUUUAUAUUCUUCACUGUGAUGGUUGUGUUAAUCGUUUGCUACAUUUCAAUAUCCCGACAUAUCCAAAAAUCCAGCAAACCAUUCAUCAGUUGCUCAGGUCGAACGCGGAGACAUAACCAAAGCAUACGUGUCGUCGUAGCUGUAUUUUUUGUCUGCUUUUUGCCCUACCAUCUAUGUGGAAUACCUUUUGCAUACAGUAAAUUGGAUGAGAUUCUAGACAAACAAGUCUACAAGAUUUUACUCUACUGCAGAGAAGCAACACUCUUCCUGUCUGCAUGCAAUGUCUGCCUUGACCCCAUCAUUUAUUUCUUCAUGUGCCGAUCAUUUUCUCAGAGGUUGUUUAACAGAUCGAACAUUAGAUCAAGGAGCGAGAGCAUUCGUUCUCUUCAAAGUGUACGAAAAUCCGAGGUGCGCAUAUACUGUGAAUAUACGGAGGUUUAA